AGAAUUGUCAUGGUACAAGCCGAGGUCAAAGGAGUAAAGAGAAACGGAACAACGAUAGGACAAGCCGAUGUCAAGGAUCAGAGAAGACAGGAUAAGCUGGAGACAAAGCAAAGAUUCGUUAACCAAUCAGACAGAUGACUAAAAAUCACACCCCAAAACUGGUCUAAUUAUUCGGCCUGGGUGUGAAAAAUUUUAAAACACUGGCUAAUACAUAGGCCGGUCUGAGAGGGGCAAUCAGGGCAGUAAUAGCUGGUCUCAGCUCUUAUGCCCCUCUUGUAACACACCCUGCACCUUUUCUGGGGGUUUUGUUUUUUAGGGGUUGGUGGAAUCUUAAAGCAGAAGUGACCUGCCUCCAUUCUUCUGCUAGGCUCCACUGAUGGUCUCCUUGUGUGGCACUCAAGUAGUCCAGAAAUGAGCUCAAACUGGAAUGAAAGAAAAGUGCUUUUCAGUCCAGCAUUUGCCUUUUUAAAAAUGACAAAGGCAUUGUGGAUUGCCAUCUGCAUCAGAUAUAUGCCCACUUUUUUUAUACCAAGGCCUGGUCUUUCGCAUGAUCAAAUACGGCUGCAUCAGUUGAUCGGACUGGUCAACGUCCCCCAUAUGCCGAUUAUAUUGCCGUAUGCAGACUGGCACUCGGUUACAUUCCUCUCUGCCACGAACUGCGACCCUCCGAGUGUUUUCACCAUGGAUGGUGGUUAAGAUGAAAACAUCCUUUUUAUCCCUGUACUUGAGUGCCAGCAGUUCAUUCUGGCAGAGAGCUGCUGUUUCCCUCCGUUUCAUUUUUUUGUUCGCUAGAGUCUUUGGGAAACCCACAGGCCACGGUUUCGAAGCAGUACAACAUUUUUAACAGUGGGAUGCUAUUAUUAGAGAAAAUGUAUUGAUACUUACCGUAAUUUUCUUUUCCUGGCUAUUAUUCAUGGCAUCAUUUAACAUAUGGGUUUAGCUUCUCCCUCCAACCCUCAGGACAGUUAACACAAUCAAUUAAACAAUUAAGCCUACCUUCCCCUAGUAUAUUAGGUACCUCAGUCUAGUAACAAGACAAAUAAACCAAGAGAGGGUGGGAGACCAAAUGCUGCCAUGAAUAAUAGCCAGGAAAAGAAAAUUACGGUAAGUAUCAAUACAUUUUCUCUAUUCCUGGCUAAUCAUGGCAGCAUUUAACAUAUGGGAUUACCAAAGCAAUAACCACUCAGGGAGGGUAAGUCAUGCUACAAAAACUGUUUAAUAUCCACUUAAGGCUUAUAAGAGUUCAGGACCGAUAGGCCAAACUCUGAAUCAGAACGAGAUGAGAUAUCCACUCUGUAGUGGUGUACAAAGGUUUUUAAAGAUGACCAAUUGGCAGCUUUACAGAUGCUCUCCGCAGGAACUCCUGACUCUGCAGCCCAUGAAGUAGCAAUGGACCUUGUGGAAUGUGCCUUGAUGUCCUUGGGAACUGGAACCUGUUUAGCUCUGUAAGCUUUAGAAAUAGCCUGAACCGUCCAAGAACGAAGGGUUGCGACAGAGGCAGCUUCACCUUUACGAGAACCCCAAGGUAUCACAAACAAUUGGGUAGACUUCCUCCAAUCACCUGAGCGUGAAAUAUAUGUGGAAAGACACCUCCUUAGAUCUAGCUUAUGACAUCUUUCUUCCUCAGGAGACGAUGGCUCCUGAAAAUACCCUGGCAGGACAAUCUCUUGAUUCAGAUGAAAGGAUGUAACCACCUUAGGAAGGAACUCAGGUCUAGGCCGUAGCACAACUCUAUCAUCGAAGAAGGUAGUGAACGGUUCUUCAGGCGACAGUGCUCUAAUAUCUGACAUUCUCCUAGCAGAUACCAAGGCCAGUAACAACAGGGUCUUGAGAGAAAGAACCUGCAUAGAGACCUCAUCAAUAGGUUCGAAGGGAUGUUCCGUCAAGGCCUGCAGAACCAGAGGCAAAUUCCAAGGAGCAGAGAAAACCUUGAUAGGAGGUCUGAUCCUAAUGACUGCUUUGAAGAAGCGAAUUACAAUAGGAUUCAAUGCCCAAUGAACACCGGAAAGAGCUGAAAGAGCAGAGCAGUGCACUUUAAGCGUGUUAAGUUGAAGGCCCCUCUCCAGGCCUGCUUGCAGGAAACCCAAAACCUGAGACACAGAAGGGGAACCUAAUUCUUGAACCGUGGAAUUACACCAUCGAGCAAAGGUUUCCCAUACCUUAUGGUACGUAGAAGAAGUAGAAGGAUUCCUGGAACGUAACAGGGUAGAGAUAACCUGGUCCGAAAGGCCAGGUUCAACUAGAGACUGCCUCUCAAUAGCCAUGCAUGGAGCCUGAAUUUGUGAGGCUCCGGAUGAAACACUGGACCCUGAAUCAGCAGGUCUUCUGAGACUGGAAGUUCCCAAGGCAGGUCCACUGAUAACCUCUGUAACAGGGGAAACCAAGGGCGACGAGGCCAGAAUGGAAGUACAGCUAUCACCUUGCAAUGUUCCUUGGAGAUCUUUCUCAGAACAGCGUGGAUGAGGGGAAUUGGAGGAAAAACGUAAGCCAGAUCGAAUACCCAAUUGAUGGAUAGAGCAUCCUGAGCAACCGCCUUUGGAUGGUAUCUCCUCGACACAAAGCAUGGAACCUGCGCAUUCCGAAAGGUCGCCAUGAGGUCUACUUGGGGAAGACCCCACUUCUGGACCAACCGAGCGAAGAUCCUCCUGGAAAGUUGCCAUUCUGAAGCCUCUAUCCGAUGUCUGCUGAGGAAAUCCGCUAUUACAUUCUCCUUCCCUGGGAGAUAGAUGGCACACAGGCCUUCCACAUGAUUCUGAGCCCAGGUCAUAAUGGGAACUAUCUCUCUCUCAUCAGGGCUACACUCCUUGUUCCGCCUUGAUGGUUUAUGUAGGCAGCAGCCGCUUUGUUGUCCACUCUCAACUUGACCCAGCAAUGCCUGAUGAGAUGCUGAAAAUGAAGAAGCGCCAGAAAAGUUGCUCUUAGCUCCCUGAUGUUGGAAGGCAAGCAUUGAGUUCUUGGAGGCCAAUUUGCUUGAAAAAAUUGAUUGCCUAAAUGCGCCCCCCAACCUGUCAGACUGGCAUCUGUCGUAAUGACCACCCAAUCUAUUUCCCGCAAGGGGAACCCUCUGGAGAGAUUUUCCCACGACAUCCACCAAAAUCAAAGGAAUGCGAAUCAGCGUCUCCCACUCCCUCGAGUCGGUCCUGAAAUUUUUUAGGAAAAAUUGUUGAAGAGGGCGAAGGUUCCACUGAGCCCAUCUGACAAGUUCUAUCGUAGAGGAAAGAGUCCCCAGAAGUCUCAUAAACUCUCUUGCCGAGGCUGAAGUCUUUAGUCUGAAGUCCCUUAUCCGAUCUCGAAGUCUGAUCUUUCUGUCGUGUGAGAGGGAUACAAUCGCUGUGUCUGUAUUGAAAUUUGCUCCCAGGAAUAUCAGUUCUCUUGAAGGAUGCAAGUGACUCUUCUCGUAAUUGAUGAGCCAACCGAAAUGAGAGAGAGUGUCGAGGACUAAUUGCCUGUGUUGGAAUAUUGAUGCUAGGUCCGGAGCCACUACCAGGAUGUCGUCCAGGUAGUGAAACACCUUGGUGGAGGUGGAUAUUCGUCGAAUUCCAGAUGAUAACCUCCGGUGAUAAUGGAUCUUACCCAAGCAUCUGGAAUUAUUUCCCAGGCCCUCUGAAAGAAUGAAAGACGUGCUCCCACACGAGGAACCUGGAGUAAGCCACCUUCAGAAUUGCUUGUUGGGGCGAAAGGAAGAGGUCUGCGUCUUGCCCCUAGAGGAUUUCCCAUUCAGGCCGCUCUUCCAAUUGGAAUUCCUUGAGAAUUCUCUACCUGGCCUGUAAGUCUUACUUUCCCUAAAGUAGCCUUGAUCCCUAAAAGGUCUACGGUCCAGACGAGGUCUCUUUGGACGCCUAUCUUGUGGCAGCAUGACCUGUUUAACCUCGGCCGCCUUUUUAAUCGCUUCAUCCAGAGGUUUCCCAAAAAGCACUUCUCCCAUAAAGGGAAGUGAGCAUAAAUUAUUCUUGGAUGACAGGUCUGCUCCCCAGGAUCUCAGCCAAAGCGCCCUUCUAGCGGUGACUGAAUGUGCCAUAACCUUAGAAAGAAUUCUAAUGAGGUCAGUGGAGGAUUCCAAAAGCCAGUCACUGGCGAGUUUGAUAUCCCUUAAGGAUUCCGCCAUCUGACGUCUACUGACCCCUUUAUCUAUGUCAUCCUCCAAGUCAAGCAACCAGGAACGCAUGGCUCUAGACAAAGCCGAAAUGGACACAGCUGGAUGGCAACCUAAACCCGCUGUCAUGAAAGCUUUAGCUAAAUCGGCAUCAAUCCUUUUAUCCAUGGGCUCCUUAAGGGAAGCAUUGCUAUCAAUUGGUAGCGUGGAUCUUUUAGCAACCUUAAUGAUAGGAGCAUCAACUUUGGGGACCGUAGUCCACAAUCUGGAAUCCUCCUCUUUAAUCGGAUAUAACUUCGAAAGCCGACCCUGACUAGUAAUCCUCUUACUAGGAAUUUGCCACUCGUUCCUCAUCAGGUCUUUAAUAGAGCUGUGGACUGGAAAGGAAGGUCUUUUCUUAUGUAAAUCUCCAAAGUGUCUGUCAGAAGCUGAACAUUCUCUGGUUUCUUCCGGCAAAUCCAAUGUUCUUCUAACAGCCAUAAUCAAAUGCUUUGGAGUCCAAGGAGCAAGGUUGUUCCAUAUACUCCUCUUCACUGGACGAGAUUGGCUCCAAAUCCAGGUAAGAUGAAGUUUGUCUGUAUUCAUCGUCAGACUGAUCUGAAUCCCUGCUGAAGUUUUCCCCUCUUGAUCUCUUAAUCUUGUGGGAUUCAGCAAUUCCUUCAACUACUGCCUGCUUAAUCCAAUAAGCAAUAUCCUUGGCUGAGGAGGUAGAGGCUUGCGGUGACCUCUGGCGAUCAGAUUCUCCUGCGGCCAUGUUUAAGCAUUUUCUGCAGAGCCUGCAGUUAUCCAAAGGCCUUGCUCCACAUCCAGGGCAGGCUGCCGGCUUUUCCCUUCUCCUCGAUGGGAUCUGGGACAGGACCGGUCACGAGGGCUGUAAGAUACAGAAGUCAUAAGACUGUACCCUCUGUGCACUCUUUUUAGUAACGUGAAGAAACCAAGAAAAAAUAUUGCUCACCUAUGACCUAUAGCAGAUCUCGUUGAUCUUGCAGAAGGGGAUGAAGGAUCCAUACUGACUGUAGGGCUAAGAAUGUUAAAAUAAUAAGAAAAGUAUUCCCAGCCCAAUAUUAUGAUGAUUUUAAAAUGGUAAAAAAAGUAAUUCUCUUACCUGCAGAGCUUUAAGAACAGUCUACUAGAGCACUGUAUCUUUAAAGGGAACGGAAACGAGCGUUUUUUAAGCUAAAUACCGCCAUUUCAAAUUUCCCGCUCUGUACCUUUAAAUGAUCGCGCAUGCGCACUUCGGUCGCGAGAUCGCUGAACCGCCAUUUUGGAAAGGGGCAAACUUCACUCUGGGUCCGGUCGGAUGCAUUGCGAAUGCGCGGGCGUCUUACCGUUAUGCUGAUCGUCUGAUCGAGGUCUGCAGCACACACUGGACGGCAGAGGAUUCCCAUAGCCUGUGGAACUAACCACCCAGGCUCCCAGGGGUUCCCAACUCCAUGGAGAUUGGGCUACAUGUGCCUGGGCUUCCUGAGGAGGGAGGCUGACCUCCAAAGGGACAAGACCAUAUCAAACAUGGUCAGGUGAGUAAAAAAUCAUUCAGAAGAAACUGAAAAAAGGAAGAAAAAAAAAUAUUUAAACUGUCCUAGGGCUAGGAGGACAGGAAAAGACUGAGGUGUGGGGGAUACUGGGGUACCUAAUAUACUAGGGGAAGGUAGGCUUAAUUGUUUAAUUGAUUGUGUUUCCUGUCCUGAGGGUUGGAGGGAGGAGCUAAACCCAUAUGUUAAAUGCUGCCAUGAUUAGCCAGGAAAAAAGUUAUCGAUGUAUAAAUGAUAACCUUUAUUAAGUAGUGGCAUUAAGUCCCAGACAAUUUUCCCACUUGUCCCUACUAUAUCUGGGGGAUCAAGGUGGCUAUCCCUUCCUUCAUAUACACGGAAGGUGUAUACGUAGCCAUUGCCACUUUCACACAGUUUGUAAAAUUUGAUCCCAUAUCGGGAUUUUUUGGAUGGGAUAUAUUGUCUAAACCCCAGUCUUCCCUUAAACUUCAUAAGGGACUCGUCAAUGGAAAUGUUUUUAUUGGGGGUAUAUAUAGUGGCAAAUUUACUGUUAAAGUGGGCAAUUAAAGGGCUUAUUUUAUAAAGAUCAUACUGCGGAUCACCUUUUGGGGGGCACUUGUUAUUGUCACUAAAGUGCAUAAAUCGCAGUAUGUCUUCAUAUCUUUCCCUUGUCAUUGUCUCGGCAAAAAUGGGGUAUUGCAAAUAGGAUGUUUAGACCCUAAUUGUGGGCUUUUUAAUUAGCCCCAUUAACAUGGUCAGUGCCCAGAAUUGUUUCAAUUCUGGCACACUAGUUGGGUUUCAUCUCUCUUUCCUGGAGAUAAGAGAGUCUGGAUUGUGUGCCAGAUACUGCUUCGCAUAGAGAUUAGUCUGGGUGACUAUCUCCCCAAAAAUCUCAUCCCCUCAAGAUCAGCUGCAUAACAUCCAGCGCACUAUAGCCAGACAGGUCAGCCUGUAUGCCAGGAUUGGCUGUAAACACUGGGAUGUCUGUGGAAAAAUUAUUAGGGGUACCCAGUCAUCUGCGCCAUGUUAAGCAUUAGGGGAAUCGUCGAUUUUUUUUUUUUAUUUUUUUUAUUUUAUUUUUUUUUUUUUUUCUGAUGGUCCUGCAGUAUCUGGCACAUAGUCCCUGUCCCCUGCGUCACUCUUUGAGGCAGUGUCUGUCGCCCCUGAGUCGGCCGCUAACAGGGCAUAAGCCUCCUUUGCACUAUACUUCCUGAACAUUGUUAAAGGACCACUAUAGUGCCCUGAGGGUGCCCCCACCCUCAGGGUCCCACUCCCGCCCGGCUGGGGAAAGGGGUUAAAACUUACCUUUUUCCAGCGCUGUGCGGAGAGCUCUCCUCCUUCUCUCCUCCUCCGUUCCUCCUCCUGGGCUGAAUGCGCACGCGCGGCAAGAGCUGCGCGUGCAUUCAGCCCGUCGCAUAGGAAAGCAUUUACAAUGCUUUCCUAUGGACACUGGCGUGGAAGCACGCAAGCGCCUCUAGUGGCUGUCAAUGAGACAGCCACUAGAGGAUUAGGGGGAAGGCUUAACCCAUUCAUAAACAUAGCAGUUUCUCUGAAACUGCUAUGUUUAUAAAAAAAAAAAAAAAUGGGUUAACCCUAGAAGGACCUGGCACCCAGACCACUUCAUUAAGCUGAAGUGGUCUGGGUGCCUAGAGUAGUCCUUUAAAUACAGUUAACACAGCUAACAAAACUUUAACUAAAUAACGAAACUUUUUUUUUUUUUUAAUUUCCUAAUACCCACUAAAUUCCACCCACCCAAGUAACUAAAUCAUAAACUAAUAAAAUCAAAUAACAUUUAACCCCUUAGGGUUACAAAAAACAUAAAAUUUAACCCUUGAAAGUAAAAAAAAAAAAAUCACAGUAAAGUACUGUGACCUGUAUAUUGAUCACUGCUAGCAGGGAAAGGGUGAUCAAGCAGCAGGGAAAGGGUUAAUUAUUAUUUUAUUUAUUUUUAAUAAAGGGGAAAGGGAUUUUAAUAGAACUUAACUAUUCUUCUGGGACACAAUGUUGCAACGAUCCGUCUCUCUCCACUUCACAAACCCACACGAGGUGGAGGGAGGUGGAUCAGAUAUCCCAGCAGCAUUGUGACCGCUGUGACACAGCGAUCACAUGGGCUGGGAUAUCGGGAUUUGCUGUUGCUGGUCUGCCCCUGACUCGGAGGCACCCAGCAACAGCGUAAACCCGCGAUCGGGGGUUAAUUUUAACGCGUGACGGAUGAGGUCCGUCACUCGUCAUUAACGCUUUCCCCUGAGUGACGGACCUUGUCCGUCACUCGUCCUUAAGGGGUUAAUGUGUCAUAUCUGUCCAGUGUGGUCAGUCCCUCAUUUUCUGAUGUGUUAAUGUAAAGUUAUCAUCACACAGAGUGAUUUUUCUGAACCCUGCACCCAUGUUAGUUCCUAUUCUAGGCCUUCAAAAUUAAAAUCAAAAUUUAAUAUUCAAGACAGUCAAUUAAUCCUGUAAAUUCCCUAAAGCAGCAGUAGGCAAUCUUUGGCACUCCAGAUGUUGUGUACCACAUUUCCCCUUCUGCUUUGCCAGCAUUAUGAGAGAUCUAGUCUACCACUGCUGUAGACAGCUUUUGUAUAGCUAUAGUAAUGUAUCCCCUUACACCAUUCAUCAUCACCUGGGCUUGGUUUCACUCAAGGAUGGAAUGGUUACUUGGGCACAGGAUAUGCCUACAUUACAUUACAGACCUUGCUUGGUACAUUCACAGUCGGGUUAUAAUGCUUUCAUUUGACUUUUGACUACAAAACUUUGACAGUAAGGGUGUGGGUGAUUUUUUUUUUUUUUUUCUAAUCAUAUUGUUCAUAUUGGAGUUGUAUAUCAGAUGUCCUCUUCUAAUCAAGUUGUAGCAAAGUUUUAGUAAUAUUAAAGACAUAUGGUUUCUAUGAUCUGUGCUUUUUUUGUUUUAGAAUAAAUAAAAAAGAAUUCAGCUUGGAAGAUAUUUACACAAAUAAGAACUACAAGUCUCCCCCUGCAGCCCGGUAAGUAUGGCAAGAAAUUGGGCAAUUUCCUACUAUCCUUAAACUGUAUGUGUAAGCAUUUUUUUCCUUUUGUGUGUUUUGUGCACAAAUGUUUUGUAAUCACCAUUUACACUGGCCUCCUAUUCUCAUCCAGUCAUUCCUAUGUGGAAUUAUAUUCUGUAAUCCAUUAUGGUGUGCCUAUGCAUUUAAGUCCUAUUAUGGCUCCUUUGAAUUUCUAAUCAUUCAGUUUUAAGUAACUCCUCAAAGAGACUCUAACUUCAGCAGCAUUCAGAAUGUACACGAAGAGUGCAGCUAGGAUUCAUUUUUUCCUGUUGAAUAUGUUGACAAAUGUAAAAAAUGAGUUUCUCACACUGCCUAAAAAACAAAAUGUCUGAAUGCACAUGUUCUAAGGCACUGAUGGCGAACCUUUUUGAGCCCAAGUGCGCACACUGCAAUACAUGGCAACUUUUUUUUCCUCAAAGUGCCAACACGGCAAUUAAACCUGAAUACUGAGGUUUAAGUUUAGAAAAAACAACUCGUUGUCCAAACUAACAUAUUUUGUUUAAAAAAAAAAAGAUACAAUUUUUAAAUCCUAUAAAUAAUAGAUAAAAUUAAGCUUAUAUUUAUUAGUAUCUCAACAAAUACAAUACAUACACACACAGACUGCUGAACACAUUCACACAGAGUCCGCAGAAUACGAAUAUUUAAUAUAUAUGCAACAAUAUAGACUGGGAUGGCUUUUAUAAACCAAAAUACAGGCAAAGUAAUAUGUUAUAUAUAUAUAAUAUAAUAUUGUUAGCAUUAAAUACUCUUUAGUUGUUGAGACCUCUUAGAAAAUGGUUGUUACCCAGUGUGUGGAUAGGCGAUUCUCUAGAUACAUAUGGGAAAUAUAUACAUUUCCAAACACAAUAGUGAAUUACCUAGUGGCAGUGUUUGUAUGUGUGUGUGUAUAUGUAUACACAUACAUACAUACAUACAUACAUACACAUAUAUGUAUGUGUAUGUAUGUAUAUCUUUAUGUAUGUGUUUCAUUUAUCUAUAUUUAUCUUUGAUUUUAUUGAGUCACUUUGCUUUGUCUUGUUUUGCAGUAGUCUGGAAACUAUAUUUGAAGAGCCCAAAGAGAAGAAUGGGAUUUUAGUCUCCAUCUCCCAGCAGAAGAGAAAGCGCAUCUUGGAAUUUCGUGAUUGCACAGUGCCCAAGCUAAAGCGUGCAAGGGGUAAAACGAAAGUUGUUACAGGCUUCAAGCGUGGGCGGAAAGCUGCAAUGGAGGAGGUUCAGCAAAUAGAUGCACUACUAGUCCAAAAAUUGAUGGAUCUGGAGAACUUCCUGUUAGAGGAAGAAGCUGUAGAAAGAGCCUCAAAGGCUGCUGAGAUACAGAGUUGAAAAUAAUCAACCAAAACCUCUCCAACCCUCCGAUUUAAUAUGGUUUUAUUGAAGAUAAGUUUAGUUUCUGAAGGGAUGAGUGCUUUGUUGGUCAUUAUCUUCCCUUCUAUGGUUUUACGGGUAUCAUGAAUUGCCCCAUACAGCUAAAUGGGAAUCCAAAGUGCAGUUAUCGAAGAUAGUUUUGUUCUGCCAUUAAAGUAUGCUCAAAGUCAAAUAUCCAUGUUUGAGCAAUCUACUAGCCUAAUGUUCUGGACAUUGGAGACACCACAUGUCCUUAUCCUUAAUUACAAUGUCCUAGGCAUUGAGAAUCGCAUUAUGAAAUUGGAGCACCAUUGUUUUUGGACUUUUACUUUCGCUGUAGAGCUCCCUACAAUUGCCAUCUUUGCUCUGGUUCCACACUUUUUGGACGAUCUACUAUUUCACAUUUUAACCUCCUGCACUGGGAAUUGAUGAAGAUCAUUAAUGCACUUCUUUAAAUAUGUCUAUACAUAGUUUUAAAUUGUAAAGUUCACUUUUUUCAUAAACCUGUUAGUUAUUGUAAUCAAGUAAAUAAUAAGUUUUUGUAUGCAAAGAAAAGUAGGCCUUCACUCCUUUGACUUAAUCUACACAAAGUUGUGGGUCCCAGGCCCUGUUAAGAGUUUUAUGGUUUUGUUGAGAGUAGUUGGUAUUAUCACACCAGGCCACGUCUACUCUAUUUAACAAUACCCCAAUACUUCCAUGCCAUGGGGGAAAUAUGCACAUAAUACUGCCAGUUGAAUAUUAACCAAUAACUGGCUUCUCCCCAUAUUCCACAUUUUAGAGAUACCGUGGGAGGCUUUGGUACGAGAAGAGGAGGCCAUGGUUUACACAUUUUGGCACCCUAGGUUGAUCAUGGAUUUUUGUUGCAGUAAAAAGCUAAAUUUAAAUUUUUGUAAUGUUUUAUCUUAUAAGGGGUGAAAUGUACUGUAUUCUCUCUAUGGAUUUAAGUACAGUUCAAGAAACACUCCAGGGGUGGCUUUUACCACCUUUUAGUAUGUUAAACAAAAGCGGAUUUUAAAAUCCCCUAAAAAGCUCACCUGCAGCUUAUUCUGAAGCCCACUUAGGUUACAAAGUGACCCAAAAACCCGAUUGCAUCAUUGAAACUUUUCGAAGCACUGAGUUGUUUGCACAGGAUCAGUACAGCGAACAGGUCUAUUCUUGUUGCAGUUCCCUGCAGGCAAGGUUUUGCUUCUAUUUAUGUUUUAUGGAGAAAAAAAAAAAAAAAUGUGCAUUUUAAAACAAUACUGCUGCACUCUUCCAACAAUCUCACAAUAACCUCAGCGUAUAUUGUUGGAAAAAAUGGACUAUGAGGGAAGAGUUACAUAGUUGGUUGAGGGUGGGAGAAGGUUGUUGGUUUUUGUCUUAGACUGAAUUUGUCAUGAUACAACCAAGUCUGCAUGAUUAUUUGCAUGACACUAUCAGUUUUGGUGCCUGGAGUGUCCCAAUAAGCUCCUCAUGCAGUGUAUCUAAUAGAAUGUUUAUUGUUCGCUUCCUUGCUGUAUGAUUCCAGUGUUACUGUAAACACGGUGACUGGAGCAUUAACAGUGGUGGGGAAAAAAACAGCUGAGGUGCCGAUAGCUUAUCUCCUUCUACAUUCUAAAGUUUUUCCUGUCUGGUGUACAGUGACAUUCCUCCUUGCUCUGCUCCCACUAGCUAGCCGCUGACGUAGUGAAGGCUUAAGUGAUCUGUGUGUGGUAGAGUGAUAAGAGUGGUGUGCCAUGUGUAUUCUGGAUCAUGCGCUUUCUGUUAAUUUGAGAUAAUUUUGUUUUUAAUUUAUGAAGUUAUAAUAAAUGCCAAUUGCUCAUGUGUGUUCAUUUGUAGAUCUUUUUGGGGGGGAAAAAUAAUUUUUUAUUUUUUUUUGUGUGUGAAAACAUGAAGUGGGGAAUUGUAUUGUAGUCAUUGUCAAGCAAAUAUACUAUAAAAUCCAUAUAAUGUAGCACAGAUCCUACUCAUUUGCAACACAAAUUAUAAUAUUAAUAUAAAUAUAUAUUCUUUACUAUGCACACACACUUGCAGAGUUAAACUAUUUAGUACUUAUUCCGUUAUUUCUCUUACAAUGGGCUUAUGACAUGCCAAAAAUAACAUUAUUUAGUCCUAGAAGUGUUUACAUGAUUAAGUGUGACUCUUGGGACUCCCUAUGAUCAAACUGGAUCCUUCUUUGACAAUACAAGUAAUUUCUUAGGUUUAGUAUAAUACACUAUAAAUGUCUCUUAUUUUGUUAUUUUAUUUUUAUUUAGUUAUUUUGAAAUAGUAUUUAAACGCAAUAUAUAAUUGGGAUAUAGUAUAUCAGGGUUAUUCACUCAAGUUCAAUGUCUCUGAACCGAAAGGUGCAAAACCGUUCACUGCUGUAAAAGGCCAUUUGGACUGUAAAAUCCGGACUUGAUGAAAAUAAUAAAUGUCCAUAUUUUGUAAAUCAGGCCCUGAAUGUGUCUGAAUUUGAUCCGAACAAUUUUCCUGCCCGGCAGCGGUAGCAGGAAUAUUUAUUAAAAAUCCUAAGGGGUCAGCAAGGCUCCCAACUGCUAUAAAUUGCAGAAAAUUGUUUGUAUAAGAACUAUAGAGUAUGACCAACCAAUGGAUGUUGAAAAUUAUCAUCCAGUUAGGGCUGAUAAAAGGGUAAACCUUUAUUUUUUCCUUAGGUACUUUUAAAUUUGAAUUCUUUACAGUGAGAGAAUGUGUCCACAUAGUAAUACAAAUUCAAAACCUUGUAAUGUAUAUCACCCAAUGUGUGGGUGGAUGUGCUACCUGCUGGCUAUGUGUAAUGUGUGAGAAUGUGGUGCAUUUUGUCUUCUUCCUGCUUAGUUUUCUGCAUGAAGUUGGGGAAAACUGCACACACCACAUCCCAAGACUUUACAGACAGACAACAUACACCAUACCCACCUACAUUGCAGACAGACAACACGUACAACACACAUAGCCAGCUCACGUACUAUGAAGAGAGACAAUUUUCCUGCAGCCAUCCCUGGUGACAGUUGGGGAACUAACAUUUCUUGUUGACGAUGAUAGCUCUGCCCAGGCGUAAGAAAACUGAGACAAAGUAGUCCAUACUUUUUUUGUAUAAUUUUUAACUGGUUUGGGAUUACAGUGAAAUUCCAAUUCAAUACAACUAUUUCAUUAUGAUUUUAUAUUUUUCUGAAGUACUCCUUUGCAAUUUGGGGGGUAGUUGACAGUGCCUCUUUAGAUCCAAAUGAACAGUCCAAAUCAAAAAUGUAUUACUAUAGCAGACUUUUAGAACUUUUCAAAAUCAACUUUUUUUUUUUUUUUUAGUUUUUCAUUUAAAUGUUUACACCCCUGCAUUGUCUGAACAAGAGUAUGGCAGGCAAGAAAGUGACAUACUCAAAAUAGCAAGGGAAAUAGUCCGUCCAAAGUGACAGACUAAAGAGAGAAGAAAAUGAGGUAAAUAGGAGAGAGAAGGAAGACAAAGAGGGACAAAGCCAGAAGUGUGGGAAGACAAAGAUAGAAUUUAUAAUAUUGUAUGAUAGAGAUAUAUAUAGAUAGAGAUAUAAUUAGAGCAGGAUUAUCAACGCAGCGCUGAGGUAGUGUUAAUAACAGUAUUUUUAAAAGUUUUGUUACAAGCUAUACACAAGGGUACUAAGUAGUAUGGCCGAGUAAUUAGGCAGGUUGGCGAGUGACCACUGGAGGUGAGCAGACUUCUGUGCUAAAAACAGGCUCUGUGUGAGGGUAUGUGGGGAGGGAAGGUAGUAAAGGGUAAAUUGGCUGCAGUGUGAAGCUAGGAUCUUUACAUAUCACUAAAACAAUUUGCAGAGUGCAGCUCAGCUUUUGAGAAUACAGGGUAAUGCAAAUAAAGCAUAACAAGUGCUCAUUAGGUACUAGUAUGGGGGGAUUGAAAAGGCAUGAUACCAGAGAUUGUCUUGGACCCCACUCUUCCUCAGCCUAUUCCCUGUGUGGGUUGAGUAAAGUCCCUGUGCUGUAACCUCUGUGGCAGGCUUGUUGGGACUCCAGCGUGGAUACGUCUGAUCCCUAUGCGGCGGUUGCCGAAACCUGGUGUGCAGACUUUGCGAUGACUGGACCUGUGUAGGCUGCUAUUACUGUAAAACCGGAGUCCUUUCAGUGUAUGGGGUCGCCCCCAGCCACAAGUGUCUGCUUGUACCUGCCUCCCGCCAGCGGACAGGUAGUGAAGUUCCCAAUUCUGGCCCGGGCCUCUGGUCUUUCUUCGUGCUUGUGUUUGUUGUUGCCUGGAGCGCACCAACCGAGAGAGCAGCUUGUAGGCGAUGAUUCGCCUUCCUCCACAGAGGGAAUGAGAUGGCUUGGCAGAGUUUGUGUGGUCGAGCUGCUGCGGCGCGCUUUGGUGUUUGAAGAUGGGGCCAAUAGCAGGGUGGGCAUGCCGCCAUGUUGAGUUGCGACCCAGCGUCGGAUUGAUGGGCUGGCACCUCGCUCCCAACCUCGGGUGCAGCAGGUGAGUUACGAAGGGCGGCUCUGCGUUCCAGGCUCUGCCAGAACUCCCAGCAUAUGCGAUCAAACCGCAGGCUUUUCAUGUCUGAAGCUCCGAUUCCCCCUGAGACUGUGGAGGUUGUGGUUUGGCGGCCAUCUUGUGUUCGGCCUGCCUGUUUUGAUUUUCCCAGAUUUUCACAGUGAGAGCACGCAAGCGUCCAUAGGAAAGCAUUGUAAAUGCUUUCCUAUGCGACGGGCUGAAUGCGCGCGCAGGUCUUGCCGCGCGUGCGCAUUCAGCCCAGGAGGAGGAUCGGAGGAGGAGAGGAGGCAGAGAGCUCCCCGCCCAGCGCUGGAAAAAGGUAAGUUUUUAACCCUUUCCAGAGCCGGACGGGAGGGGGUCCCUGAGGGUGGGGGCACCAUCAGGGCACUAUAGUGCCAGGAAAACGAGUAUGUUUUCCUGGCACUAUAGUGGUCCUUUAAUACCGCGGUCGGGAUCUUCAAAAAAGACUGCAGUCUUAACUAGAUGAUAGGGAACCAAGGACGUAGGGCAAUACCUGUAGACAAAUGCUGCUCACAAAUGGUGAAGCCUUCAACAAAUUACUUAACAAAAGACCGCGGUAAUAGGGUGUAAGGUGCCAGGUGGUGAGUUCAAAUGGAGAUAAGGAAACAGUCGACAAGGGUGUGUGCAUAGGUCAACGCGUUUCGUCCCACCUAUGGAACUUUUUCAAAACGCGGUAUCAAGGCGUAGGUUUGUUCCGGAUAAAGUGCAUCUGUUUGCCUUCAUGGUAUUUGCUACCUUCCAUCACCUGUCCAUCUAAGUGGCGUUCAGGUUCUUCUGGUUAUUCCUUUUUUUUAAUUCAUCUAGAGUUUCACCUCUGCUGGGGGCCCACACCGAGGUCAGGUACAUUUUUUUUUUAUUUUUUAUAUAUAUUUACUGUUUUUUCUGAUUAUUAUUUCCAGAACUGACAUUAGCCAGCUGUAACUAUAUUUCCGGUUUGGCUGAUGACACCCCUCUGAUGCUGCUGGAUUUCCGAUAUUAUGACCACUUAAAUAUAAGGGUAUUUUUAGCUACCAGAUUAAAAGUGACGUUUUUUGUUUUCAUGUAGAUAGCAUUUUGUUUGUGUAUAAUUUAGCAUUUUAACUAGCUUUGCACAUUAAGCAUGUAUUCUAGACUUAAUGUUGUAUCAUAAAGCGAUUAAGAAUAAUUCCUAUCUUUGGAACUGUACAGAUGUAGAACUUGAUGUAUGUGUCUGGAUUUAAAAAAGCCAGCAACGGUCUGUGACAGGUCAUCAUCAUAAAUCCACUUCCAUGCUGAUAAAUGUGAUGUUUCUGUAGUGCUAACACAAUCACAAGAACUUCCUGAACACUUUAAGCAUAUUUUGUUUUCUUCUUUGGGCUUUUUAUUCCAUUGUGAUAAAUGACAAUAUUGCCCCAGAUGGCUAGGAACAGCAUAUUCCUGCCACUCGUUUUGUACAUAAGCAAGUAGAUUACCAAAUAGAAAUUUUAGAUUUGAAGAUUAAACUAGCUUGAGCGGGGACCCACCAAAGGGCAGGCUAAUUGAGCUGUUGUCCGUUCUCACCUCUCUUGCUACUUGUUUUUCUCUCCAGGGCUGUCGUCAUAACUGUAACCCCUGCUACACUCGACGCAGGCAUGCCAGAAAGAGGAGGCGGAUGGAGUGUCCCUCACCCACGAUAUCCUAUAGGAAGCCACAGUGAACUGCCCCGUUUACCCUACCACCCUCUCCCCCCCCAAGAGGGCUAACCCAGCACUCUAAGCUGAGUACUACCAACUGGAACUGCCUUAAGCACACCCUGAUAUGACUUAAAGGAACACUAUAAGGUCAGGAACAGAAACGUAUUCCUGACCCUAUAGUGUUUAAACCACCAUCUAGCCCCCCUGUGCCCCUCAUGCCUCCAUAAAUAUAGCAAAAUCUUACUGUAUUCAAGCCUAGAGUUUCACCUCUGCUGUAGCUCUGCAUGCUGUUUGCCUUAGAAAAACAAGCUGUCUGCUGACAUCAUCAGAAGUGGUGGCCUGAUCCAAUCACAGUGCUUCUCCAUAGGAUUGGCUGAGACUGACAAGGAGGCAGAUCAGGGGCAGAGCCAACACAAUUCAAACACAGCCCUGGCCAAUCCACAUCUCCUCAUAGAGAUAUAUUUAAUCAAUGAAUCUCUAUGAGGAAAGUUCAGUGUCUGCAUGCAGAGGGAGGAGACACUGAAUGUUUGGAUGCAUUUUAGGCAGCCAUGACCCAGGAAGGAUUUCUAACAGCCAUCUGAGGAGUGGCCAGUGAAGUUAUCACUAGGCUGUAAUGUAAACACUGCAUUUUCUCAGAAAAGACAGUGUUUACAGCAAAAAGCCUGAAGGUAAUGAUUCUACUCACCAGAACAAAUUCAAUAAGCUGUAGUUUUUCUGGUGACUAUAGUGUCCCUUUAAGGAUCCAGCUUUGGCAUCCAAGAUGGCGACGGAGCAAGACUCCAUGAAGCCAGGGAGGCCUUGACAGGACUUUCUGGUGGCAUUUGAUAACCUGUGUAAUGCUUUCUGGGAAAGUAUGAAGCAUCGUGGGGUUCCUGGUUUGAGAAACACAACUGGGACCAGCAGCAUAAUUCCUAUUUACCCUUUGCUGGAUGGGCCCACGGAGGAACACUCUAGGCGGCAGAGCCUUCUGGUCUCCAUGGGAGGCACAGUGCCGGGAGAGGAAACCCCUGCUACACUCGAUGCAGGCAUGCCAGAAAGAGGAGGCGGGUGGAGUGUCCGAUCAGCAAAUUGCGAGACCAUCUCACUCCUAAAUUUGUUUCUCCAUCUGCUAAGGGGCAUGGUCUUGGGCAAGCCUGUUUCUCCGCUUUGAAAACUUGCAGGAGUGCCUGGCUGGGGAUCUCCUCAGUGCCAUCGCCUGUAUCAGCCUCCCGAAGAGGCAUCAGCUAGCUGACUUACCAACCCAGGGAAUGCCUCGCAUUAUCCUGCUCCACUAACCUAGGCAACAUGCUGCCAGAAUAUGACCAGUAAAGUCUCUAAACCCUUCCUUGGUACUCACAUGGGUGAUUUACUGAUUUAGUGUUUAUAAACUGUCCUCAUAUAUCUUGUUAACAUUUACAUUUAUAUUCUUUGAUUCAGCCCAAGUCCAUGUCUUCUGCUAAAAAUCUGUUUCUUAAUUUCUGAUUAUACCUAACCUGCAGUCCAACUAACUCUAUCCUAUGGCUAUUCAUAUGUUUGUCUGCCUUACCUUGUUUUUCUAUGAGUUAAAAAAAAAAAGGGCAGUAUCUUUCUGUCUAUGCUAUAUGCAAGUACCUUGCUCUUAUGCAGGCUUCUUUAAACUCCGGCCCUCCAGAUGUUGCUGAACUACAACUCCUAUGAUUCUAUGAAUGAAAUAGGCUGAGAAUCAUGGGAGUUGUAGCUCAGCAACAUCUGGAGGGCCGGAGUUUGGGGAAGCCUGCUCUAACGUCUAUAUUAACAUAAUGCGUCAAUGUAAGCUUGUGUUCUUCACUCUGCACUAUAAAAAUAAGGUAUGAUAAAAAAUUUAAAAAAGAAUUGAUGGAAAAUGAAGCCUAUAAAAGAAACAGGCUGCAAUCGGCAAAUUGUUCACUAUUAUUAACUGUAGGAAAACUGAAAUGCUGACAGAGCAUAAGUCAAACAAAAGGUAUACUUAGGUUUGGCAGAGACGAAAUUCCGUUCGGGCAAUGGAGAGCCAAAAUCUAUUGAGAUUCAUGCCGAUCCUAAGUUCUAAUGAACGGGGCAAAAAGCACGCGAAACGGAGAACAAACCACCAAAUGAAAAAUUGCUGCCAGCAAGAGGAGGGCGGGCUUGCGCAUCUAUCUAGAGAUGCUAAUUGGGGUGGUAAGGAUUAAAUAGCGGGCGUGAAUGAUGACAGGCUGCAACCACGCAGCAGCGGAGUGGAUAAAAUUUAAAAAACUGAUUAAAUUAAAGGUGCACAAUGACAGACGGAAAAUAUAACUAGCAAAGGAGCCUGAACAGUGGACUGACCAGUUUCUUAGAAAAGGUCAGUCUAGUAAUGGGAGAAUGAAAGAAUAAUAAAGACAAUCAUCUCAUAAAAUUUAAUAGAAAGGGUAAUAAAAAUGGAUAAAAUAUCUUUUAACAAGGAUAAUGCUAGAUUAAUAACAAUCAAUAUAGGUCUAUAAUUGGAAUUGGUUCAACGCAAAGAAAGGGUUGGGAAGGGUCUAAUAGACUAAUAUAUGCUAAGAUAUGUUCUGAUUGGUUGAUUUUUCUCUGUGUUUAACUGUUUCUUUGCUGCUGGGAUGUUCCGUAAAGAAGGUUAAAGCAAAUAUAAAGCCGCCUGUCUUGCCAUAAAAUUCAGCUAAAACAAGUAAGAUUUUAGUUGAACUGGAUUUAUCCUGUAGGCCAAUGGGUGUUAUUCACUAAGCACCAGAUUGAUGAAUGAAUUUCAACUAGACUUGCCAUUCUUAUGUUUACAAAUGGCAAAUCCAGUUGAAAUUUGCUCAUAUCAGCUGAAUGAACACUAUUCAGUCAUUUGUUGUCUGGUUUAACCCCUUAAAGGACCACUAUAGGUACCCAGACCACUUCAGCUCAAUGAAGUGGCCUGGGUGCCAGGUCCACCUAGUUUUUAACCCUGCAGCUGAAAACAUAGCAAUUUCAGAGAAACUGCUAUGUUUACACUGCAGAGUAAUCCAAGAGACAGCCACUAGAGGCACUUCCGUGAUUUACACGUAUUUCCUCACGGAGUCCAGUGUCCAAAAAGAUCCCCAUAGGAAAGCCACUGAGUAAUACUUUCCUAUAGGUGGGUUUAAAUGCGCACGCGCGCCUCUGGCCGCACAUGCACAUUCAGCUCCACUCGGAAGCUGACGUCAAUGGAGAAGGAGAGGUCACCAGCGCCGAGGAAGCCUGGCGCUGGAUUAACGUAAGCAAAUAAAUGGUUAAUUAACCAUUUAUUCGCUGCAGAACUGGGUCCUAGUCAGCUAAAUGGUGACUAGGGCUCUAUAGCAUUAGGAAUACAUAUUUGUAUUUCUAGUAAACAGAGCGUCACCACGGCCAAUACAUGUGGAAGAGGGCAGACCCAGGUGUAGUGGCGUACAUACCAGGGUUGCAGGAAAUAUAUAUAUAUAUAUAUAUAUAUAUAUAUAUAUAUAUAUAUAUAUAUAUAUAUAUAAAACACACUUUAAUAUAAAUAAAAUCUAAAAAGAAAAGUGUGAGAAAUUCUGGAUGGCAUUUUAACUGUACAUAUCAUAAUACUGUUUUACUGCAAAAAUGCUGCAUUUAUAGGUUUCAUGUCGUUUUGGAAAGUUACAGGAUCAAAUUUGUGGCUUGCCCAUUUCAGUUUUUACACAUUGAAAUUUGCCAAAUCGGUUUGCUGGGCCUAUGUCGCCUUUGAAACCAUAUGGCAGCCUAGGAAUGAUAAUUGUAUAUUAAAACUGUAUAUUAUGCAUUGUACCUAAAAUCUUAAAGGACCACUAUAGUGCCAGGAAAACAUACUCGUUUUCCUGGCACUAUAGUGCCCUGAGGGUGCCCCCACCCUCAGGGUCCCCCUCCCGCCCGGCUCUGGAAGGGGGAAAGGGGUAAAAACUUACCUUUUUCCAGCGCUGGGCGGGGAGCUCUCCUCCUCCGAUCCUCCUCUUCUCCUCCCAUGCGGCUGAAUGCGCACGCGCGGCAAGAGCUGCGCACGCAUUCAGCCGGUCACAUAGGAAAGCAUUCUCAAUGAAUGUGAUUUUCACAGUGAGAAGCACGCAAGUGCCUCUAGCGGCUGUCAAUGAGACAGCCGCUAGAGGCUUUGGGGGAAGGCUUAACCCAUUCAUAAACAUAGCAGUUUCUCUGAAACUGCUAUGUUUAUAAAAGAAUGGGUUAACCCUAGAAGGACCUGGCACCCAGACCACUUCAUUAAGCUGAAGUGGUCUGGGUGCCUAGAGUGGUCCUUUAAUUUUAAUAAGGACAAUAAGGCUUCAUAUUUUGCAUUAAACUCUUUUUACUGAAUUAAAGCAGCACAGAUCAAUCUUAAAACUAACAACCAAUGGGGAAAAAAAAGAUACCAUGUGAUAAAAGGCUCUAACAGUCCAAGCACUUUCUCUUUCUUUGAUGUGAACCAACAAAUAUACAGAAACAAUUCGGAAUAAGUAAGAAGAUCAACUGAACAUGCCCUGUGAGAUCCUUACACAGGCGAAAAUUGUAACCAUAGAUAACUUGCAAACCAUCUCCUGUUGUAGGUGAGGAUCACACUGAAAGAAACAGAAGUAUGUAAAAGGCAUCUGAAAUCACGUCAGCAUAAUAAAUUUUCAUUAUGCAAACCAAAAAUAAACCAGACUGUCCAAAACUAACAUGGGGGGGUAGAGCCUGACUGCCAAGUGGACCAGACAUGUUCUGCAAGUGCUCCUGCAUCUGGCAUUGACCACAAUCAGCAAUCUUCAUGUCAAGGGGUCACCGGUGCUCCCAGGAGUACCUCAUGUGAUCACAGGAUCUCUCCAGCCGGCCCAUGCAUGGCCCGCGCUAUCCGAGCGCCGGCCCUGCUGUGGGCCAGUGGAUCUCCCUCACCGUCCCACAGGCACUGAUAUGCGGCUGGAGGGAGGCAGGAGAGGACCCAGGGAGCUCAAGUCAGAAGCUCCGCCGGGUUCCUCUUGCGGGAUUCUGAGCGUUGACCUGGUUACCACGGCAACGCUCAGAUCUCGCGAGAGUGAACUCUAGCCCUGCAGGCUAGAGUUCAGUCUCACCACUGAGACCACCAGGGAUGGAUGGCAGCAGGGCUCCCCCAUCUAUGGCAACCCAGCUUCCCCCUCCAUGGCAACCUGGCUCCCCCCCUAUCCCAGGCUAAAGGUGUAACCGAGGCUGGUUCCCUUAUUUACCACUAUAAUGUCUUAAAGCAUAGAACUUAGUAGGGCUAACCAUACAGACAUCUUAGCCAUAAUUUUAUAUAGUGUAAGAGAUCCUCUAUUUAACAUAUAUAAAUAAUUGAGAAUACAAUAUAAAAUAAGGAUUGUCUUGGAAGCAAUAGAUUUGUCUUUUAGAUAUUUAUUAUAUAAAAAUAUAAAUAUAAAAUCCAUUAUUGCAGAGUUUAUAAGAUUAAACUAAAUGCUUGGAAAUAUCAUUAAUAGGUUAACAUACCCUUCUGAACAUGUCAUCAUGUCAGCCUCUCUGUCAUUUUAAGAUGGAGCAGCGUCUGUCUCCAAGUCUCUCCUCUGUGUCUUAACAUUUAAACGUACACCUAUUUAUACCUUAGGUGUCUCCAUUUUAGGGUUACCGUAGUUCAUAUAUGAAAAAGUAACACUUCUUUUACUUUCUUCAUUUUAGGACCUCCCUUAACUUGGCAAACAUACAAGGCCAUAACUAAAGGGUGUAUACGUCAUGGAAAUUUUCCUGACUUAGUUCAAGAUGGCAUCUUAAAGUCUGGACAUUCUUAUCUAGUUAAGGUUACCACAGUAUAUUGUGUACUGAAAGAGUCGUAGCAUAGCCUUGAAGCUUGUUUAUGCGUUAUUGUAAUUCAUCUGGGACAAAAUGGCGCAAACAUAUUAUGCACUGAGGUUUUUGCUUAAAGAAACAGUUAUGAAAAACAAUAUGUUCCAUUUCUAACACCUUGUCAGUUUGCAAAUCACAGUGAGAAGCACGCAAGCGCCUCUAGCGGCUGUCAAUGAGACAGUUGCUAGAGGAAAUAGGGGAAGGCUUAACCCAUUCAUAAACAUAGCAGUUUCUCUGAAUGUGUUGCGGCCUGGCCUGCGCGCCGGAGGGGCCCACGGAUCAAUUUUCGCACCGGGGCCCCAUGGGUCAUGUGUACGCCACUGCCCGGGUGUAAAUAUUUACUAAACUAAAAAGCAUGUGAAAAUAUAGAAACAUUUAAAGAUGAAAAAUAGGUGUCAUAUAUAUGAAUGAGCUUUAUAUUAUAUCAGCUCAAUCCACAUUAAAGUGACAACGUUAUCAGUGUAAACAAAGUGCAUAAAGUCAUAUAUAUACUCAAAUAUACAUGCAUAUUAUCAAGAGACCAGUGCAUAUAGAUAAAUAUAGUGCUCAUGAGAGAAGGAUGUAUGUGGAACUCACAUACAAAGCAGUCCAUAUUUGGAUAUUUUAAAGUGACAUGCAAAGCAAUCCAUAUUUGGAUAUUUUAAAGUGACAGUGCAUAUAUAUAUAUAAAGUGCAAACCAUAAGUUAUAAAAAAGUGCUAUGAGUGCUGUGUGAAUAAACAUUUCAUACCAAAUAGUGCAAAUGAUCAAUCUAUUCUCUCUUUAACCCUAUAUAUGAGGAAAAGUUACAUAUCUAAUAACAUUAAUGCAAUAAUACCUUAAAAACAGGAGCGUUCUUCCUUUCUUUUCGUUGGUGAAUUAUAUCUACAAAUAAAACAUAGAAAGAGAUUCCUUGGUGCAGAUAGUAUGAGCAAAUAAUAAAAAAUCAAAUUGAAUGUAUAAGCUCAAUUGCUCACCUUAUUUAGAGCCUUUUAAACUGGCUCUAAGUAUUGUAGGCAUGGAUGUCAAUAUCCAGAUGACACUUCCCUCUUAUAGAUACCACAAAUAUGGAGAGGAGAUGGAGUAUGGAUAACUAACAAUAUAAUUUAUUAAUACAUAAAAUAAACAUAAAUAAAAUAUACAUACGUAUUAUAAAAAAGAAGAAUCCUCUCCCUCCUCUGUUCAGAAACGCGUUUUGCCGUCCUUUUCGGCUUCCUCAGUCUGACAGACUACAAAAUGUGUGUGCAAAAUGUCCAGUUAUCGAAUUGACAGCCGAGGGGGCAGGGGGGUGGGGGGAAUGUUAACAAGAUCAAUCAGUCUGACAGACUUAUACAUUCAAUUAGAUUUUUUAUUAUUUUCUCAUACUAUUUGCACCAAGGAAUCUCUUUCUAUGUUUUAUUUGGAGAUAUAAUUCACCAACGAAAAGAAAGGAAGAAUGCUCCUGUUUUUAAGGUAUUAUUGCCUACCUUUAAAGGCAAAGACGCUGUUGUGUUUAGAGCCUAUACCCUUAUAAAAGGCUCUUCUAAAUGUGAGUCCUAUUCUUCUUUUUUAUUCGAUAUACUUUUAAACGUAUCAGACAAUACUACUCUAUAUACUUUUUUUGUUUGUUUUCACAUGUACACCCCACAUAUACUGUAAGGGGUAAGUGUAUUACAAUCUAUAUCACUGUUUAGCGCUGCACUUACAUCAAGCUGUGUUUGUGGUCUUUUGCACUUUGUUCACUACUUGAUAUUGUGUUAUUUGUAAAUUAUUUACAGGGUUAAGGAUGGUGGGAGUUGGCACACAGACCACUUCAAUGGGCAGAAGUGAAGGUAGGCAGACAAUGUAAUAGAGCAGCAGGAAAUGCUAGCAGAAUGCUUGGUUGUAUAGGGAGAGGUAUUAGCAGUAGUGAUGUCGCGAAUUUUUCGCGAACGGUUCGCGGCGGUCUCCAGUCAGCUGACACAUCCCGGCCAAUAUGCAGCAGACCCUCCCACCUCCUGGACAGCAUCCAUAUUGGCCGGGAUGUGUCAGCUGACUGGAGUCCGCCGCGAACCGCGGCGAACCGUUCGCGGACCAUUCGCGAAAAAUUUGCGACAUCACUAAUUAGCAGUAGAAAGAGGGAAGUGCUCAUGCCAUUAUACAGAGCACUGGUGAGACCUCACUUGGAGUAUUGUACACAGUACUGGAGACCGUAUCUUCAGAAGGAUAUUGAUACCUUAGAGAGGGUUCAGAGAAGGGCUACUAAACGGGUUCAUGGAUUGCGGGAUAAAACUGACCAGGAAAGGUUAAACAUGUAUAGCUUGGAGGAAAGACGAGACAGAGGGGAUAUGAUAGAAACAUUUAAAUACAUAAAGGGAAUCAACACAGUAAAGGAGGAGACUAUAUUUAAAAGAAGAAAAACUACCACAACAAGAGGACAUAGUCUUAAAUUAGAGGGACAAAGGUUUAAAAAUAAUAUCAGGAAGUAUUACUUUACUGAGAGGGUAGUGGAUGCAUGGAAUAGCUUUCCAGCUGAAGUGGUAGAGGUUAACACAGUAAAGGAGUUUAAGCAUGCGUGGGAUAGGCAUAAGGCUAUCCUAACUAUAAGAUAAGGCCAUGGACUAAUGAAAGUAUUUAGAAAAUUGGGCAGACUAGAUGGGCCGAAUGGUUCUUAUCUGCCGUCACAUUCUAUGUUUCUAUGUUUCUAAGUGGUCUGGGUGCGUGGAGUGUCCUUUUAACGUCUGUGACAUAUCAGAACGGGACAAAAUAAGAAUGUAAGCUUCGCCAAAAGAUGACAAAGUGACAUUAUCUGGUCAUUUGUGAAGAAUGUUGAGAACCACGCCAACAUUCCACAGAUAAUAUUUCAGUGCCAGGGAGUAAGACAACUUUAUCCCCCGAAGAAGUCAUCUAUUCCAAUGGGUCAUAACCCACAAGGGUUCCCUGGAUAGGUUAUGCAACACCAAAAUGGUUGAUCGCAUAACAUAUAUAGACCGGUACGAAUGCUCUUAUGAAAGCAAAUGUGACAAAAAAUCAAGAUGAUAUGAACAAGUGUUCCAGUACCUUUGUCUAUUACUGCAGCCCAUGAAUCCCAUAAAAAGUCUGUAGCCCACGAUUGGUAGCAACAAACCAGGAUCUCUGAAAAGCAUCUAGGCUGCGUGGUUCAGCUGGUCUAGGAGAACUAGAAGAUGGGGUUCUGUGCAGGGAUCAGUCAGUAGGGUAAGAAACAAUGGCAGGAAGAGAGGAUGGUCAUGAGAUAAUUCCAGCAGAUUCAGGAAUCAUGCUUGACUCGGCAAGUGGUGGCAAUGAAAAGGAGAGAUAUCUCCUGCAUACGAACAUGAUGAAGGACUCCCGCCAUCAUCGAGAAUGAUGGAAAUGCAUAAGCCCCUUCAAUAGGCCAGCAGUUUGGGGGAAAAACAUUCAUACUUUGCUUUCAGGGUCUGUAUGCCAACUGAAGAAUAUUGAGGAGCUGAUGAGUGAGUAGGCAAAGAGAUAUGUAUUCAAGUCAGAGAAUUCAACAAAUGUCCUUCGGAUGAACACAAUCUUGGAGAGGAGUAGACGAAGUACACAAUUUACCAGAUCUAACCAAUUCUCAAAGCAAAGAAACUGGACAAAUAGAGAAAGUUACUGCGCUGACUUCUCUCUGAUCACCACAAAAACUAAAGACUCGAGAAAGUGAGUGACAAAUCUCAUCUGAGAGUGUAGCCGGGAAGCUGAGUCAUAAAAAUCAAUAAACCGUCCAGACAUAUCAGGCACCACAUUCCCUUGAACCUCAGAUAAGCCAGUACUGGCUUCAAAUGUUUUGUGAAGCACCACAGAGCCGAGCUGAGUCUGAAGGGAAGACAGGUAAAUUGGCAGGAAAGACCCCUCUAAAUGAAUUUUUAAAAUUGCUGACUAGUGUGUGCGACAGGCACCAAAAGAUACAUGUCCUUUAGUUCAAGAUGAUAGAACCAAUUGUUCUUGAGGAUAAGAUCCUGCAGUAGAUGGAUGCCUUCCAUCUUGAAAUGCCAAUAUAUCACAAAAAUAUUGAGUUGACGCAAGUUGAUAAUGUGUGGAAAGUUCCCCGUGUUUUCCUGGAUGAGAAAGAUUUUACUGAAGAAAAACCUCUUUCUUCUGAGGCAAACACCCUCUUGGAAAAUAGUGUUUGGAUCUCCUCGUCAAUAGGGUCUCAUGUUCCUGCAACAGAUGAGGAGGUGCAUUAGACAGGGUGGAGAAUGGAACUGUAUGAUGUAGCUUUGUACCGUCUGGAGAAUCCAAGCAUCCAAUGAAAUCGCCAAUACUGCAAAAGAGGGAUAACCUACCCACACUAAAUUCAUUGGACGGACUUGUUUGAGGGAAACACAGAUGAGAAGAAGCAUGCUCGACCUCUGCCUCAAGCACCUCUUGACGUGCAGGUCCAGGUGAGUGCCCUGUGACAAUGCCAUUGAGCAGUGAGAGGGUAGGGGCUUUAUCUAUACACUUAAACUGCUUCACUAAGCUGAAAAUGCUUUAAUUCCUAUAGUAUCUAUAAAUAUAUCUAUCUAUCUACAGUUGUAAUCAAAAUUAACAAACCCCACUGAAAAUGCAACUUAUGACUUCUCUGGUCUCAAAAUAUUCAACCCCCGAAUAGAAUCCCUCACAAAAGCACAAAUAUGCAAAACAGGUGUCUCAAGCACACCUGAUGCAACUAAUCAAGGGCUUCAUUAUUUGCACCAGGUGUGCCUGAGCUGGAACACUUGAAAUACCUCAACUGUCAUGGGGUUUUGUUGAGUGUCUCAUUUGACUGCAUGUUAGAGAUAUGAUUAAGUCAAAAGAAUGGUCCAUAACGUCAGAGAAGAGAUCAUCACAAUUCACAAACGAGGAAAAGCCUACAAAAAGAUAGACAGGGCACUGAACGUUCCUGGAUACCCUGUUCGAAGCAUAGUUUGCAAGUUCAGAGUUGAAGGAACAGUGAUUACACUAUCUAGACAGAGCAGAAAAAGAAAGUUAUCAAUGGCUGCAACCAGAUUUCUGAGAAGGCAGAUUGUGAAAAACCCUUGAGUGAAGUCAACAGACCAGCAGCAAGACUUGGUGACAACAGUCACUGAGCUCUCAAUGUGCAGUGAGAGAAUCAACGCUUUCCUAUGGGGAUAUUGCUGAUGCUGGAUGUCCUAAUGCAGAGCGUGAGAAUCGGUUACCGGACCAUAGGUCUGGUAAAAACAGUAUACCCUGCACUCAGGUUUCGCAUAUAUGCUCUGGCCUUCCACCAAGGAGCGCUCUGUGUAGGAUGGACACCACUGAAUCCACCAAUGUAGUAUCAAAGAAGAGAAACACAGGGGGGCGAGGCCUGACCGCAGCAUCGAGCGGACGCUAAUCACCACAGCUCCUGCAAUCAUUGCCAGAAAAAAUGCCACAAAGCCGCUGACACAGCUUUUAAAAGCCAAACAAAGGUCACCAGAUGACGGGGGCUGCCAGGGUGGACACAACGAUACCCAACAAGUGACUACCUACCCGGUACGUGCCUGACACACUGGCGAGGCCUACAAAAAGAUCAGGUACAGGAGAGACGGCCGCUCCCCCGCAGCUUAGAAUGCCCGGAAACUUAACAGAGCCUGCGUUCCCCCCCCCCCCGGACCGGUGGGGGUCAUCCCGGUCUGCACCCACACAAGCAAGUGUACAAGCACUCACCAAAACACACGACCACGAAGCACAGAGGCCACACGUGGAGCAGGCAAGAUGGCGCCCAACCCACAGACCUCAGCUCUGCACAUAAUCGAGAGGGAAACUAAAUGCCGAUACGACCGCAUCUUCGGUGCCCUCUGGGAGAAGCUAGUGGCCCUGAUGCAGUCCCCCCAAAAGGGACCCCCACCUGGCGACAUGAGGCAGGGUCCAAAGCAUGGAAGCGCAGGGGGAGAUAGGGCAAACCCCCAGAACCCCACCCGCAAGAAGGGUAACCCAGUAACCUGGAACCGCACAAAGGCCACUCACAGCCCGCACAAAACGACUGAAACACAAGAGACACUCAAGGCACAGCUCCAAAGGCGGCCUUACAGAUGUGCAGAGACCCGACGUAAACUCCGGAGGGGCCCAGACUGGAUGAGAAGACAGCAGAAGAAAAAGCCCAAAAUGGCUGCCAUGAAACUUCCGUACCGGGAAGGCAAUGACAGGUGACCACACCAAAAAAUAUGCAGCACAGCCAAGACCCUACGCUGCCUGCCAGGUGAACCUGCUCUCUACAGGGGCGCCCUUACCCACCACACAACCGGAAUACAGAACAUGGGGCACGUGAUCAGAGCAGACCACGAUCCGACAGGGUCGCUGCCCGGCGAACUAAACCGGCACAGAGCCCAUCCACAACCAACGAGGGAGGGAACCUCGCAACGCUCCGGGCCCACCCACCAAUCCUUCAGAACUGGUGUCGGCUGACCAAAGCGGACUGACCCAGAGACAAUCUGCGUCCCUGCAGGCCCUACAGCAGAGACACUGCAAGAUCCCACCUCACAGUAUGUCUCACAGUAUGGCCCUGGCAAAUCGCAGCAGAGACUGUUAGUUCUGUAUAGAAGCAGUGGAACAAGCAAUACAGUAUAUUAACCACAGGCAAUUAGCUCAUUAACCAUAGAUAAUAUAGCAGUUACUUAUCCAUUGCAAAUGUGUUCUCAUGCAUGUCAGUAUUACCUUUUAAAAAUGUGCAGACUCCACUAACUGCUUUCAAAUGUUAAGUCUAUUAAUCCACUCAAGACCUUCAAAGCAUCUUACCCAUGUUUUUAUGCAGGGCAUCUUUAUGCUUAGAGAGAAUAGAAACAUGACUACACAAUGUAGGCUAACUCUAGCAAUGUUAACUUCUGUUUGGCGUUUCUUAGCUUAAAUACACAUAGUUUAACUUUUAAAUAUAUUAUUUCAUUUAGUAACUGCUAAACUGCAAACCGUACUUAUACAGUAUGACUACGAUAACAUAGCAGAACUAGCAUUAAUAACUAAUCGUCAGUUUAUAUCAUUGUAUGUUAGCUAAUCUUACUUCAUCAAUCUGUCUAAUUAAGCAUGCUUAAAAAAACAUAAAAAUUGUGCGAAUUCUCAUGCCACUGUCAAAAUGUUCUGUAUCUUGCAAUAUGCUGUUGUGGCGACUGUUAAUAUAAUGUACCUACCUGCACAACAAAAAUAAAGAAUAAGGUAGGUGGCUUGGACGCGGGAGUGAAUGGCCGCAUGAACGCCGAGCUCCGCUCGAGUCCGGCCUGAAAACGUAGAGUCCCGGCAUUCACACAGUCAUGGCGACCAAAAGAACGAAGGCACAAGUAAGCAGCACCCCCUCCUCUCACCCCUUACCCUCCAAAACGUCCCUGAGGAGAUUCUUCACGGAGAAACAGGAGACGGACAUGCGGUCCAAAAUGGCCGCGGCAGAGAAAUCACCCGCGAGCAGCGCUCCAGCCAGCCCUGCUCCUUCAGAAAGCUCCACAGAGGGGACAGACAUCAAAUCUAUCCUGACCCAGCUGCCCUCUAAAUUGGACCUAGAAGCCAUGUUUUCCAAAAUGGAAAGAAGUUUUGGGGACAAGCUGCAAUCCUUACAUGAGGAGGUAAGCCACAUUGGCAAUAGAGUACAACUAUUGGAGGAGGGGGGAGAAACUAUAGCCCUGCAAAUACAUAAUAUGCAAACCCUCCAGCAAACCCAGAAUGAAGCCUUAAUAUUCCUGCAAAAGAAAAUAGAGGACCUGGACAAUAGGGGAAGGCGCAAUAACCUCAGAAUAAGAGGCAUCCCUGAAGCCCCUGAGGGGACAAAUGAAAACAUAACACAAACCCUCACAAAUCUCUUUAAUCAGCUCCUGGGCAGACCGGUGGACACCCCCAUUAAGCUGGACCGCGUUCACAGAGCAAUCCGGCCGAAAGUAUUGGCGAAUGAGACACCAAGGGACAUCAUUUGCAGAAUUCACCAUUUUCCCAUUAAAGAGACGAUUCUUCAAAAGGCCAAGCAAAUCAGAGAUAUUACUUUCUCUGACCGCAAAGUGCAGAUAUUCCAGGAUUUGGCGCAAUCCACGCUGAUAGCAAGAAGAGCGCUGCGCCCGAUAACAAAAGCACUCUCGGACCGCAACAUAUGUUUCCGCUGGGCAUACCCCUUUGCCCUAGUGGUGAACCGCCAAGGGAAGACGCACUCGAUAUCAACUCCGGCGGAUGUCUUGACGUUCCAACAAGCUCUAGGCAUACCUACCGACGUGGUGGAAGACUGGACUGGCCUAUACAUGGAACAGGACAGGCAACUGUCCCAGAAGGCCAAAUGGCAGCGCAGCCCCAAGAAACGAGGGAGGCGGGCUCCCUCGGGAAACGAACUGCCCACGACACCAAAAGGAAAUGCCACGAGACCGACCUAAUAGACUUGCUAUAUCCUUUUACUCUGCUAAAAAUGCCUAAGACACAUAGGCGUCUGCCUCAAUCAACACCUAGUUAAUGCCAUGUUUACAAAUGUACAUGUUUCUAUAUGUCUAAUGUUUACUGUGUAACCCAAUGCCAAGGGUCCCCGUGGCUGGGGCCAGGGCGUCCAGGUGGCGCCCGGGCCCCAGGCACGCUGGAUCUGGGAUUCGAUCAACAGUUAUGUUAUGAUAAGAUGUAAGCGUUAUCAACACAAGCUACCGCAAGAUCGCUAACGUUAUACGAAUUAAGUAUUUCACACGCACAGCUGGCCCCGGGUCUCAACGGGUCUAGACCACACACCCCCCAAGAGGUGCCGCAAAGAGCACGCGGGAUCCAUAUGAUCCACAGCGGGCUUGACACCAUCUGGACGCAGCAGGCAUGCUGCAUAUACACUGUAUAUAGUUUCCACAGUUUACGUUUUUCCCCCCGACCCCUCCCCUCCAUUGAGUACAGGUCAUCACACCAUCUAAGCCUGAGAAGCCCUCACUCUUGGCUGCUUUAUGAUGGAUAACCUCAAACUCAUGUCCCUGAAUGUAAGGGGACUAAACACGCCCGAAAAACACACAAUCCUAGCGCAGGAACUAGACAGACAGCAGAUGGAUAUAGUAUUUCUCCAAGAGACCCAUUUUAGAGGAGAUCGGACCCCCUCAUUGAAAACCAAAUCCAUGGGACAAGCGUACUUUAGCAAUUACCACGGAGGCAAAUCUAGAGGGGUCGCUAUCCUUUUAUCAACCAGAAGAGCUUUCACGCUACGAGAUAGCAAAUUAGACCCACAGGGCAGGUAUCUUUUUCUCAAAGAAAUGAUCAACAAUACCCUCAUUACUUUAGUGAAUGUUUAUGCGCCCAACAAUAGACAGGUCCCAUUCAUCAAAUCGUGCCUCAGAAAACUAGAGAAUUUUGCAGAGGGGUUGGUGGUGCUAGGGGGCGAUUGGAACAUAGUCCCAGAUCACGCUAUAGACAGCACUGCGACAGGUAAAGACACAUUAGCACACCAACGCCUGCUGUUCCAAAAAACGCUACAUGCUAACCAGCUAGUUGAUUGCUGGAGGAUCAUCCACCCCCAGGAGAGGGAUUAUACAUACUUCUCCCAGGUGGCCCAAAGCUACUCUAGAUUGGAUAUGUUCAUGAUAGGACACAAACACCUGCACACACUGGCCUCCGCGUCCCUAGGACCGAUCACAUGGUCGGACCAUGCCCCAAUAUUCCUUACACUGUCUCUAGAUGAGAAGAGUGCCGCGAGCAACUCGUGGCGCCUAAACGAAUCACUGUUAGAUGACCCCAGGGUAACUGAAGACCUGACCAACGAACUGCCCAGGUAUUUCCACGAAAAUGCGGGUAAAGGCACUGCGGAACCAUGGGUAUGGGAGGCACACAAAGGUAUAACACGAGGGAUCCUGAUCAAGUGGGGAGCUUGCAUAAAAUGGGAACGAACAGCACAAAUCCAAUCCCUAACUAAAGCCAUACACAUAGCAGAAUCUGCCCACAAGGAUACCCCCACAACUGACGCAUAUAAAACGCUAACAGCAUUACGAAUAGAACUGCGAAACCUCCUUGCAGCGAAAGCCCAUAGGGCAGCCCAGCUGACUAAGGGGACAUAUUAUGCACACGACAAUAAAAGUGGGAAAUAUCUAGCUAGGGCUCUGAAGGACAAACACCAAAAAACAUACAUUUCUCACAUAACCACGAAAAGCGGGAUACGCCAAGACACGACAGAGGACAUAGCCAAAACCUUUCAAAACUACUACAGCGACCUCUACAACUUGGGACAACCACUGAACACACAACAUAACAAAGCAGCGUACGUCUCAGCCCACACUCAUAAAAAACUAGACGCACAACAAACAGCCCAAUUAGAAUUACCCAUCCAACCUGAGGAACUCCGAAUAGCCAUAAAGACCCUCCCCAAAGGCAAAAGCCCAGGCCCAGACGGCCUUACGGCUAGAUAUUAUCAGACCUUCCAACACAUAUUGAGUCCAAAGUACCUAGAUGUUCUCAAUACUCUGUUGACCAAAGAUGCUCUACCACCACCCAUGCUAAAGGCCUCGAUCACUGUUCUCCCAAAACCGGGUAAAGACCCGAGCCUAUGUGGCAGCUAUAGGCCAAUAUCCUUAAUUAACCUAGAUCUAAAGCUCUUUGCAAAAAUACUGGCCAAUAGGGUUAAACCACUCCUUCCGGACCUAAUUCAUGCGGAUCAGGCGGGCUUUAUCCCAGGGAGAGAGGCACGGGACAACACGACCCGUCUCCUCAACGUCAUGCACGGCGCACUGUCCUCCAGGACCCCCACGCUACUCCUGUCAGUUGAUGCUGAAAAAGCCUUUGACCGGGUGGACUGGGGGUUCCUGUUCGCCGCACUGGAGGCAUUGGGAGUGGAUCCAAAUUACAGACACUGGGUGCAAAUGUUGUAUAGAGGUCCCUCAGCCUCAGUCAGGGUUAAUGGUCUUGAUUCCCCUCCGUUUCACAUUGGCAACGGCACUAGGCAGGGAUGCCCACUGUCACCCCUAAUCUUUGUCUUGGUUAUGGAGCCCUUUCUCAAUGCCAUCAGAACCAAUGACAACAUUACAGGUUUUAGAGCGGGUGGGACGGAGAUCAAAGUAUCUGCCUUCGCAGAUGAUGUACUUCUCACCAUAACCAACCCGGAACAGUCCCUCACAUAUGUGCAGAAAGAGAUAGACCAAUUUAGUGCUUGCUCUAACUUCGAAAUUAAUGCAGACAAAUGCGAAAUAAUGGGCUUAGGGCUGAAUGCGACACGCAAGACACAAAUCAGUGACGCCUACAGCUAUAAAUUGACAGAAUCGGGCCUCUCAUAUCUGGGAGUCAUCCUGACGCCCACGGUGAAGGGCCUAUAUAAAUGUCCCUGUUACAGGACAUUACAUCCAAACUAAAGCAAUGGGACAAGCCCCACUUCUCCCUAUUUGGGAGAAUCAACAUCAUCAAGAUGAUGAUCCUACCGAAGAUCCUCUAUCUUUUUCAAACUCUGCCACUAGACCUAGAUAAUACCUUCUUCCGUACAAUGAAAUCAGCCUUUAUAUCCUAUAUAUGGGGACAUAAAAAAGCAAGGAUAGCGUACGACACACUCACAAGGAAUAAGAAGGAAGGGGGGAUGGGCCUACCCCAUAUAUAUAAAUACUACAUAGCGACCCUCCUCACUAGAGUGAAAGAGUGGACGGACACUCAACACAAAAAAGCAUGGUACGACCUGGAGCAAAGUUUCUCCACAGUUCCCCUGUCCACACUACCCUGGCAAACAUGCCACCUGCAAAAAUUAACCAUCACAGCGCACCCACUGCUCCACCACAUCUUAACGAAAUGGAGACUCCAUAAAACCACAUGGGGACUAUCUCCAGGAAUUUCCCCACUUUACCCACUAGCACACAAUCCUGAUAUCCUGGGGGGAAGGGGAGCUCCAACACUGAGGAAAAUACUGGGGACAACUGACCCACGUAUAGGAGACAUGAUAACAAAUGACACCCCCCCAAAUGUCAAACCUCUACGGGAGUGGGGAGGCCAGGGCUCACUCACUGAAACGCUAAGAUACGGGCACAUACGCCACAUCCUGCAAAGCACAGUAUUACCAAACUGGAACUCGAGAGAUCUCACCCAAUUCGAGCAACUAUGCACCGCCAAAACAAUGCACAAACGCACACUCUCCCAAAUAUAUAAGUUACUGGUCUUCCCCCCAAGGAGUCCAAGAGACUCCUCCCUUCCAUCAGCGGUGGAUGAAAGGGUUGCACAUUCACAUGACUCCCGCCGAUUGGCAGUACAUUCUAACAAGACCUAUGACAGCCUCCAUUAGCCUCUCAAGACGUGAAGCCUUUUACAAACGCAUCACAAGAUGGUAUAGGACCCCAGAUCUUUUACACCACUUCUGGCCAACACUUAGCGAUAAAUGCUGGAGAUGCGACAGCGAGGUGGGGACAAUAGAACACAUAUGGUGGGACUGUCCACGCAUUAGACACUACUGGACGGAGGUACUAGCAACCAUAAAGACCAUCCUACCGCUCCCACACUCACUGACACCAUCACAAAUCCUAUUGGGCUGGCCACAAACCUUCCAAAAUCCGAAAACACAGCAACUGCUGUGGUUGCUACUAGGGGAAGCAAAUAACCUUAUCCCCUUACACUGAAGGAAAACAGAAACCCCCACGGCGACUCAAUGGAUAGAUAGGGUGGAAUCCACGAGAGAAAUGGAGAACUUAUACUGGUCCCCCCUAGGCCGACAUGACAAAUACGCCAGCACAUGGGAACCCUGGUUACGGCACUGGGCAAACAUAAAAGACACUAAUCACAACGCACAAUGAUGAACCACCACAAUACUCAAUGGAACCAUCCUCCCUCUCACCCCGUUACUUUUCCCAGCCACCUCACGAUGGGGAACAGGCGAGAUCUGACCCUUCCCCUCCCCCCUCGCCACCACCCAGUUACAGCACCCAACCCCAAGAUCUAUAGGUUGAGGAGAGGGAACCUAGGCACAGGCCACAGGGAACACCAGAACCCCUGAAAACCCCAGAGGGGACUCAGGAGCACACCGCUCGCCUACGGCGAUAAGUAGAGGCCGAGCGGCACGAUCAUGGUAGAUCCAGAGAAAGCAGGGGAUGACGGGGCCUCAGCAAAAAGUUAUACGACACAUCAAAGGGCAAUGUAUCAUUCGCUAUCUUUAUAACAAGUUGCUCUCUAAAUGUAACAACAAACCAUGCACUUUGAUGUACCAUGCUUAUUGUAUUGUCCUCAAACCUACUGUUCCCCAUCCCCUCUUUUCCUUUCUGUACCCCCUAUUGAUGACAAAACCAAUAAAACUGAAAAAAAAUAAAAAAAAAAUAAAGAAUAAAAAAAAAAAAAAAAAAAAGAAGAAGAGAAACACAGGCAGCACUCCAGGAUAUAGAAGGUAAAUUUAUUUGUGGGUUCACCACCUUAUUCACCAGAAUAAGUGCGACGUUUUGGCUCCUCAGAGUCUUAAUCAUGCACAAGGGAUACAGCAUAACAGCAGUGUUUAAAUAACCCCAAAACCAAUUAAGUUAAAGAGUACAAUCACAUGUUAAAACAUAUGUAUAAGUGACAUCUAAAAACAAUACAUGGCGUCUACUCAAGUAUAGGAUCAGGAUUUAAAGCUGCAGUAAUAUAUUAUACAAUCACACAGUAAUACACUCAUCUCUAGUUAAUAUUCCAUAGCAUGAAAAAGCCAAAUGUCCUGUCUAGUACAGCAAGUGAAACUGCAAUAGGCAAAAUUACAAUAAUUAAUUAGAAAGUACUAUCUAAGUGAAGUCUAUUCGAAUAUAGGUCUGGUAACAUUCCGGAAGCACCUCCAGUGGCUUUCUAGUAAACAGCCACUAGAGGCUGUCUUAGUGCUACAACGUAACCAUUGCAGUUUCUAUAAAACUGCAAUGUUUACAUUGCUGCACUAAGUGCAAUAGGGACACUGUAUCCAGACCACUUCAAUGAGCUAAAGUGCUCUGGGUGCCUACAGUGAUCCUUUAAAAACACCUAUCCCAGCAAACCAAAAUUUGGAGUCAGUUCAACUAUUUGGUCAUAUUGUGUUAAGCUCACCUCUACUUUACAGUACUCCAAUAUCAGUGGGUCCUACACUAAUUCCAACGUGAGAGACAAGACAAAUAGAGCUAGUGCCGAAUGAACCAAAGUGUUUUUAAACAAUCUGUUGUAAGAGCAUUGUAUAUAAAUAGAAAAUAUUGUAGGACCCAUCGAUAUUGGGGUACCAUGAAGUACUGGUGGGCUUAACACAACAGAGCCAUGUAGGGGAACUGGAUCCCCAUAUUUGCUGAGAUAGGUGAUUUUAAUUAGCCUUAUACAAUUUAAAACUGUAUUUUUAUGUGUGCGCUGUUCUUAACCCCUUAAGGAUCAAACUUCUGGAAUAAAAGGGAAUCAUGACAUGUCACACAUGUCAUGUGUCCUUAAGGGGUUAAAGGGAUCCUAUAGUGCCAGUAAAACAAAUCAGUUUUCCUGGUACUAUAUGUCCUUACAGUGCCCUCCUCUCUUGUGACCCCCCUUAAAACUCCUUCAGCCACUUACCUGAAUCCAGAGCCAAUGUCUCUCUGCGCUGGGUCCGGCUCCGCCCACGCUCCUCCCCUGCCGACGUCAGCCGGCGGGGGAGACCUAAUGUGCAUUAAACUGCCCCAUAGGAAAGCAUUAUACAAUGCUUUCCUAUGAGGAAAAUCUGACCCUGGAGGUCCGUGAGGACAUCUAGUGUCAGAUAGACCAAAAGUCCGUUUGGAUUGCGGAAGCGACCCCAGGAGCUGUCUGGUAGUUCUGUGGAACUGCAAUGUUUUACAUUGCAGCACUAAGUGCAGUAGGGAGACAGCACCCAGACCACUUCAAUGAGCUGAAGUGGUCUGGGUCCCUAAGUGUCCCUUUAAUCUGUUUGUUGUAUAAAGUCUGGUCUCUACAGUAUCACUAUUGCUGAGAAAUGCAUGUUCUGGGUGUGCCCCCAAUUCCCUGUUUUUCUUUAAAAUAGAUAUUGGCAAUUAAAGUGAACCUGUCAUUUCAGGUUCAUUUUAACCCUAUUACAAACAAUUGAUAGGCAUUGCCUAAUUUAGAAGCACUUGCAAGUAUUCUUAGUGCUGCUUUGUGUGUUUCCGAAGUAAAACCCUCAUCAUCUUUUGUGAGGCUUGUGAUCUCUGUAGCAAAGGUUAGAACUGGUUGAGGUUUACAAUGAUGAUCAGCUAUUUCUUAUACAUCUGUAGGAGGUUAGAUGGCACAUUUGUCUCUUUUGUCUGAUGAUUAUGUGAAAACCAAUUAUUUUUGUUGAGUUUGAUGCAUUGUGCUUGUGUUCCUCGGUCAUGCAUCUUCUGACACCACCAAUAAGCCAUGGUUAAUGCAGGAUACCACACUUCUUCAAUAAGUCAUGUUAGAGGAAGGGGCUAGUAAUUGUUCAGUCUUGAAGGCCAUUAGAUGUGACUGUUAGAGGAAUUACUACAUGGCUUCACAGUUAUACAUCAUGGUGAUUUUAAAAUGAUGGAAAAUAAACAAGUUAUAGUGACAGAAAUUCAUAAAUAAAAUGCACCACUCAAAAAGUUAUGCAGAAUAAAUACAUGUUUUAUUACAUUUGUGUCCCAAUGUCACUCUGUUAUGGAGACAUCAAUAAAAUGUCUCAUAUGAAAUCGAGCUCAUAUUACAAUAAAAACACCACUGUAUCAUAGAAGUAUCUAAACCCCUAGUGAAACAAAUACUGUGGAAAAACAAGGCCUAUAUACACAUAUACCCAUCAUAUACCCAUCAUACCAAUAGUCCAUCACUGUUCACCCCGGAAACCUAAGAGGAUUGUUGCAACUUCCAGAAUGUGAUACCCCAAUGAACGGACUAAGGCACAUUUGUGAGACUGGAUAUUUGCAAAAUGAAUGCUAGGGCAGAUCUAGAACACAUAUAUCUCUGGUUAUGCUAUAUCUGUUUCUGCAAAGUAAAAAAAGUCAAAGUGGCGCACUACUAUAUGUAGAGUGCAUUUACAUACCAGAUGUGGGAUGCAACCAGUACCAUUUGUGGGCAUGAAAUGUGCCCCGUUCAUUGUGGCAGCCAUACAGGAGGUAUGAGCAGGUAAAUAUAUUUUUUGCAACCAUAUACUUACAGUUUUUACAUUAACCUUUUGGAUGCAAGGUAUUAAGGUUCCUACAUGUCAGAACACUUAAUAUUGCACUGUUUAACAUUUCACACUGCACUUUUUAUGUAUUUGGUACUUUCAGAAUUCGGAUAUAGCAUUUUAUUUGUCAAGUGCACUUUUAGAUGCUCACCAAUUUUCUGGGAUGAGGAUUGUGAAAUAUAUUUUACUAUAUUUAGUUGUGAUUUAAUUAUAUAAUAUAGAUUCAAUCUGUACCUGCCUGAAAGCAACCUGUUCAUCCAUGCGUUUUAUAAAUGACCUAGCUGGUCAGAAUAUUUUUAAAUAUAGUGUUCUUUUAUGUGAAAGGAUUAUAUUUUUUGUAAAGCUGGUCUCUAACAAAACUAACAAAAAUAACAGUAUACCAUACAGCACUUGAACCUACACAGAGUUGGAUAAAAUGUUUCAGAUCCUUCCAGAAAUAAUGGAAACAUAACUAUCCAACCAAGAAACCUUUACCUUUUUGAAAGAUCACUCCAUGCAAAAUAACCUGAUGUAGAAUGAUGUAUUACAACACUGGAUUGCACGUCAUUGAUAGUAUGAAUGCUUGUUUUAAACAGUCUGUCUCUGUGAAUCUCUGUUUCAGUUCAGUUCUUGGUGUCCGCGCAAAUGUCUGUGUUGCAAAAGUCUAAAAUACCUGGAAAAAAACAAAACAUUGAUCUCAUUUACUUAUGAACAUCAGACUAACUUAAAUGAAUCGUUCAGUUACUCUGAUUUAUUGGAUAAACACACAGUUGUGUCUACAUAAAAAUGUGUUAAUCUAACAAAUCUAUUAAAAUGAGAUACCUAAAUAUUUCUUGCAACAUUUCCCUAAUAGUAAACAUCAGAUUUCCCCUAUGCACAGUGCUUAUAUUUUCUGUAUUGUGCCAUUCACUCCGAAACAGAUUAAGUUAGUAAACUGUUGGCCAUCAUACACUUAAAGGGACACUGUAGGCACUAUAACUGCCUCAUCUAAUUGAAGUGGUUUUAUUAUAUGAAGUCCCCUGGCACUGUCAUUCUGUUUAGUGUUAGCUAUAUCUCGAGGGCUGCACCGUUCCUGUGGAACUCACUUCCCUCCUCCGUUAGAUGCUCACCCAGUCUCCACUCCUUCAAAAAAUCGUUAAAAACCCACUUCUUCAUAUAAGCGUAUCAAUCAAACUGUUAAUAGAGGGGUAUUUAGGCCCAGUUCUCAUCCUGCUCAGUGCCCUGUCGUGGUUUCCCUUGUGGUUGUCCAAGAGAGGGUUAUUGAUUCUGGUCAUUCUGGUUAUUUGACUUUGGCAUUGUUUUUGACUUCCCUGUUUUCUGGCAUCCCUGACUCCUGGCUUUUCCUUAUCGUUGUGUCUCUUUCUGUAUCCCUUGACCUCGGCUAUUCCUGACUAUUCUUUGAUACGUUAGCCCGGCCAUUCUAAGGUGUUACACAAUUCUACGUGCUGGAUCAUUCUGUAAUCCUGACACUAUACAUAAUUCAAUGAGAUUAAAUGGUCAUAGUGUCUCUAUAAUGUCCCUUUAAACGAAGAAUACAUUGUACCCUUCACUGAAACUCAGUAGUAUUUAUAAAAUGAAUUAAGAUGUUUGUGUUUGUUACAUGCUUUGUCUGCAUAGGUAGCUUACAAAACAAGUGUGAUGAUAUAAGUAUACUCUGAACAUGCACAGAUUGUUAUAAACCUGCCUCUGCAGAUCUCUUUAAAAACCCAUGAACAAUGUACUUAAUUAGUUAUCCUAUAAAUAAAUAUAUGCAUCGGAUUAAAGUAGCAGUGUAUCUCCUACAGCUGCCUAAGAGUGAAUGCAUAACUUAUUAUAAAGAAAAACAUUUAUAUCUCAUUUUAAGAAUGUAGAAGACUUGUCAGAUUUAGAAUACUGUACAUACUCGAGUAUAAGUCAACCCGAAUAUAAGUCGAGACCCCUAAUUUUACCGCAAAAAACUGGGAAAACUUAUUGACUCGAGUAUAAGACUAGGGUGGGAAAUGCAGCAGCUACUGGUAAAUUUCUAAAUAAAAUUAUACCCCCCCAAAAUUAUAUUAAUUGAAUAUUUAUUUACAGUGUGUGUAUAUAAUGAAUGCAGUGUGUGUGUGUGUGUAUAUGAUGAAUGCAGUGUGUGUGUAUGAAUGCAGUGUGUGUAUGAAUGCAGUGUGUGUAUGAAUGCAGUGUGUGUAUGAGUGCAGUGUGUGUGUGUGUAUGAAUACAGUGUGUGUGUGUGUACGAAUGCAGUGUGUGUGUGUACGAGUGCAGUGUGUGUAUGAGUGCAUUGUGUGUGUGUGUAUGAAUGCAGUGUGUGUAUGAAUGCAGUGUGUGUGUGUGUGAUGCAGAGUGUGUUUGUGUAUGUGAGGGGGUGGGCAUUUUUUUAAAAUUAUUAUUAUUUUAACUUUUUUUGUUAUAUUAUUAAUAUUUUUUUAUUAUUAUUAUUAUUAUUUUAAUAUUAUUAAUAUUUUAUUAUUAUUUUAAUUUGUAUUUCUUUUUAUUCGUCCCCCCUCCCUGCUUGUUAGCUGGCCAGGGAGGGGAGCUCUCAUUCCCUGGUGGUCCAGUGGAUGGGCUGUGUAGGAGGGGGGCUGGCAGCGAGCUGUAACUUACCUUUCCUGCAGCUCCUGUCAGCUCCCUUCUCUCUCCUCCAGUCCGGUCAGCUCCCCUGUCAGCAACCUCUGCAAGUCUCGUGGUCUGAGUGCCGCGCAGAGCGUUACCACAGUAACCCGUGGCAACGCUCUGAUCCCGCGGCUCUCGCGAGACUUACAGUGGGAGCUGACAGGGGAGCUGACCGGACUGGAGGAGAGAGAAGGGAGCUGACAGGAGCUGCAGGAAAGGUAAGUUACAGUUCGCUGCCAGCCCCCCAACAGGACCGCCGGGCUUGUAAUAAGCCCAGCGGUCCUAGUCUGUAUUAUGGCAAUGUAAGUUGCCAUAAUACAGACAUUGACACGAGUAUAAGUCGAGUGGGGGGUUUUCAGCACAAAAAAUGUGCUGAAAAACUCGACUUAUACUCGAGUAUAUACGGUAUAUAGAUGUUAUACCUAGACAUUAAGAUAAGCAAUACAUUUUAAGACAUAAGUAAAAGAUCAAAUACCCGCUUGUGUGCAGGAAAACACUGAGUCUGCAAGAUCCAUGAAGUUUUCUCCUAGUAUGUCUUGUACACUGCGUUGGCCAACAGGAAGGAGACAUGAAGUGAAAUCUUUAAAUAGCAGAUCCCCCUCUCCAUAGACAUCCAUUGACUUGAAAAGCUGGAAUUUUGAGUUUUUGCCUGGCCCCAAGCUAUUCUAGAUUAAAAACACACACAACAGAUUAGUAUAUUCUCUAUUUGACUUUUAAAGUAUUUGGGCAUAGUAAAUCAUAUGGAGGCAAGCCAAUGUAUACUUGUUUUUAAGUGCAAUCUGUGUGGAAACAUUGCAGAAAUGUAUACAAGUUUAUUAACUUGUGAAAUGUCAAAGCAAAAUGAAAAAUGUUAGGUGAAAAUGGUUGAACUAAAAUCGUGGAAAACAUUUAAAUUUCAGCUUUGGUGGCAAGUCUUAUGAAAGACACUCUUUGUAAAGGAAAGAAAAAUGCUGUGGUUGCAUAGCUAUUAGAGAAGAAUAGGUGCUUGAAAUCUAAACAUAAAAGCAGUAGCAUGAAAAACUAAAACUGCUAUUUUGUUUUACGAUGACGAAUUAAAAAGCAACAAAUAGGUUUGCCUAUGAGUGUAAUUCGAUUCAUAUAUUUUUGGCCCCUUAUGUAGAAUAUUUGUUAGAAAAUUCUUGUUGGCUUAGUCCAACCUCCAUGGCCACUAACUCAUUAGCUCCUGUGGCUUCCAAUAUCAUUUCUAUGCAGAUGACACGCACAUCUACCUGUCCUCUCCUGAUCUCUCCCCGUCCCUCUUGACUACUGUCUCUGACUGCCUCUCUGUUAUUUCUAACUGGAUGGCUGCCCACUUCCUUAAACUAAACUUGACCAAAACUGAAAUUCUGGUCUUUCCUCCCUCAAGUGUUGUUACUCCUCUGUCUUUCUCCCUCCAAGUCAACAGUGCUAUCAUCAGCUCCACCAUGCAGGCUCGCUGCCUUGGUGUUCUCUUUGACUCUGACCUCUCCUUCAAGCCUCAUGUUCAAUCUAUCGCCAAAUCCUGCCAUUUCCAUUUCAAAAACACUGGUCCAGCUAGGUUUAACCCUUUUUUCUAUAAACAUAGCAGUUUGCUAUGUUUAUAAUAGGGUUAAUCCAGCCUCUAGUGGCUGUCUCAUUGACAGUCGCUAGAGGGCUUCCGCGCUUCUCACUGUGAUUUUCACAGUGAGAAGACGCCAGCGUCCAUAGGAAAGCAUUGUGAAUGCUUUCCUAUGGACUGGCUGAAUGCGCACAGCUCCUGCCGCACAUGCGCAUUCAGCCGAGGAGGAGGAGAGGAGGCGGAGAGGAGGAGGAGAGCUCCCCGCCCGGCGCUGGAGAGGGGGGAGGUGGAAGGGGGACCCUGAGGGUGGGGGCACCCUCAGGGCACUUUAGUGCCAGGAAAACGAGUAUGUUUUCCUGGCACUAUGGUGGUCCUUUAAUAUCUCCUGACUGAUUCCUCUUCUGCAACUGUCACUAGUCUAAUACUAUCCUUACAUUUUUGUGUCAUUUUACCCCACUCCCUCUAGCAUGUAAGCUCAUUGAGCAGGGCCCUCAACCCCUCUGUUCCUGUGUGUCCAACUUGUCUGGUUACAACUACAUGUCUGUUCGUCCACCCAUUGUAAAGCACUGCGGAAUUUGAUGGCGCUAUAUAAAUAACAUAAUAAUAUAAAAAUAAUAAUAAUAAUAAUAAUAAUAGAAGUGGUCGUGGAGGAGACCCUUACCUGACAUUGGAUUGAAUUGUUAUUAUUUCAAAUAUCUUAGCAUAAAAAGAGGGUGGACAUAGUAAAUAGGACAUUAUAGGAAAGCAUUAAACUGUCUGAGAUCAUCAGUUUUGAUGAUCUCGGCCAUGGAGGAAAAUCAGGGAUGGAACCAGCACCAGCAGACCCUCGUGGCGCUGGAAAGAAGGUAAGAUUUUACACUAUUUAAAGGGGGAAGGGGCACCGGGGGACCUCCCUUCACGUCUGUUCAGAGAGACGACUCCCAGCGUGCACCAUCGAACUGCCUUCACCUGCUGCACCUCCUGGAUGGCCGGGAGGAGUCAGAGAUGCUAACAGACGGCAGGACAGCAACAGGACUAUGUUAGGCCCCAGGAGGGUAUCGGCUGAACCGAGUCCCUUGCGGAUACUUUACCUACCAUAAACAUGCCUUAUCCUGUUUACUGUUGCUUUAUGUUCAUCUCUUGCUUAUAGCCAUGAUGUUUGAUUCUGUAUCUAGAGUGAUGCUGUCUAAUCACCCUCUACAUGGCCACCCAUGGGUGUCUAUACACUCUAUAGAUGUUAUAGCAACCCAGCUCAUUGCAAGUCAUAUGUUAUGGCCAUCUUAUAUCUUACUGAGCUGGCAUGUGUAACCCAUUUUACUAGUAUUUUAAUGUAAACUCUUUAAGCUACUGUCACCUCAGUUCUCAGGGGGUUACUUUUAAGGCUACUCCGAGCGUAGCUCCUCUGCUCUCACCCCUGAGACUUAACUCUUACUCAACACUUUCUAUACAAAAUGUAAAUUGUUCUGUCAAAUCGUUACGCCAUGCAAAUGAAACACUAUGCCUAUUGUUAAGCUUGCUAUAGCUGCUGUGGCUCAGCAAGUCAGCUUGUAUAACUAUGUAUAACAAACAUUUUUAAAAAAUUUCAAAAUCUGCAGGAGCAGUUAUAUAGUCUGUGCAUCACUAAGAGCUUCCCCUGCUCCUGCUGCAAGGCAUUUCCUGUGUGAAAGGCUGUUAGUGAGCAGAUGGGAAGUGAUCCCUUUUACUACCUGUCCAGUCUCACACACAGACAGUGGAGGAGCAAAGACAGCACUGAGUUUUAACAAAUCUAUAACUGUUCCUGUAGCUCUGCUAUACAGGCUGACUGGAGUACAGAGGACACUAGCCAAGGCUCCUGGUUUUUGCCUCUCCCUACUAGCCAAUUAUAAUGUGCCUUUUGAGUUUAAAGUUCUGAAACCAGGUGGCCCCUAGUGGUCAGGUGUCUACUCUGCCAAAUGGGAAAUCUAUUGUCUGUUACAAUUAAGUUUUCUGUUUCUUUUUUGGCACCUGUGAUUUCAUGACAAAGUCAUGGAUUUUGGCUGUUAUUACAGGACGUGUCAUCACCACAUUGGGAGGGACUGAUCCCAGGUUACAUCUUCUCCAGUCAGUCAGAGCAGCUCGUUCACCAUUUGGACAGAGCAGCUCAAAGUCUGAGGCACUGAGUCCAUUCAUCCAGCCAGUCCUUUCCAGAUCUACAAAUACAUUAAAUGGAUCAUGAGUUGUAUUUCUUCAACUAACCAUUUGUUGUUUUCAUAAAAUAUACAUAAAUUGCAGCAUAACCUGCUUCUGUUCAUAAUAGAAUUUUUAUCUAAUUGGGUAUAAUUAAGAGGAAAUAAAUUAUAAGCAAUAUCUAAAAAUGUGAGGAAUACAGACACGCUCAUUCUUUAUUGUUAGUUAAGACAGGUCCCAGCCCCCAGCAUCUCUAUGGCACCAGCAUAAAUUAUAUUAUCAUUGCAAGGUCAAUGAAAACUCUGUCUUGGCAAUGGGUUCUCAUUCCUUACUCUAAGGAAUCUCAAGCCACAAUGUUGCAACACAUUUUUACAAGACAUUGCAUCUAUGAUACACCAAUAUUCCUCUAUAAAAAAAAAGAAAACACUUGCAGCUUCCUCCGAUGAUCAGAGUGUCUAAGAAAUAAUACAUUUAACAAAAAAAGUAUCAAGGAGUGCAGCAAUAAACAAUACAGUGCUUUUAAAAACAGGGCAACAGUUCGCCACAUCCUUAACAUCAGAACUGUUUGGAGGAUGCCAACAUUUGGCAAAUGUUUUGUCAAGUAGUUGCGUGAGUUUAGUGUCAAUAUAUGUUUUAUUGAGAAGUAUGUAAGAAUAGUGUAAAAAAAGAGGACAAAUAACAAAAUUAUGUCAUCAUGUAUUUGUUUCUCAAUUAAAUGCACAGUGUGAAAGCUAAGGGGAAAAACACAAGAAAAAAGACAUUCUUACCUGUUCCACCAACUAAUCUCCGGAGUGUACUCCAGUCACUAUAAUAUUAGUGAAUAAACCACAAAGUGGGACUAUAAAUAGUAGAAACCACACUGAGGGCAGAAGAUCCAAAUUUAAGAAGCUGCAACAUUAUGCAGAGUUAGGUAUUGUAAUUAGAUAACUAUAGUAAUGAAUGAGUUUUGCAAACACAUGAUAGAUUAAUGAUUGCACAAUUCCUUACUUUUAAUGUUUGCCCAAAGUGAGUGAUGCUCCAGGAAUGCCACAUCCCCAAAGCUGCGCCCAUCAGGGUCUCCAACUAGACACCUGAAAAGAUAAUGUGAAAUCAAGUCUAACUCAGGAAAUCUGUCAGAGUAUUUAUAUCGGCAGACAUUUUGUGCUAUGAUAGAAACUAAAAGUGUAUAUUCUGAGUCACUCUGAACAGACCAGACUCCAUUUUGUUAUUCCAAGUUAACAAAAACAAAGAGACACAGGAUUUCUUUCUGUAAGACUGGCCUCUUUGCCAGAGCUAAGGAAUGCAUAGCAUAGUAUAAACAAGUGAUAAGAAGAAUAUAAUCAAAUCUAAACCCAGACAAUUGUGACAGAGAAGAUUAAAUAAUUUAAUAUUUAACUGUCUAUAUAUAUAAGGUACCAUUGUAUGGAAAAGGGUAAACUUAGUUCAUGAUCUGUCAUAUCAGAAAUUAUGGCAGGAAUUGCAGACGCUAAGUCUGGACAAAAUUUAAGAAAUCCUUUGAAAUUUUAAAUUAUGGCGCUAUAAAGAUAACGCAAAAUGACGUCAAAAUAGCCACCAGGAAAAGUUAACUCUUUCCUGGAUAGGUAUGUUUAGUGGGACAAGACUGCCCUCUAUAGACCAAAUACCUAAUUUGCGAUCUGGAAGAUAACCACACCUCUAGUGCUUCUAUUGGGUUAUCAACUGAUGACGUACAGAGAGUAUGGCCCUUUAAAAGUUAAGACAAAGGGAAGAUAGAGAUAUACGAGAGAGGGAGGCAAGAUAUGCAAAAGAGACGAGAGGAGGCAGAUGCAAGAUAUGCAAAGGAGAGGAGAGAGGAAUUGGAAGUUUGGGGACUCCAACUCGGACAACAUCUGAGACUAACACUCUACUCCUAAAACUCUAACACUUAGAAUUUACUGACUUUCUAACCAACACCUCCAUGCAGAGAGACUACCAAUCGGAUGAAAUAUCUACUCAACUGGUAAUUAUACUGGUUUCAUUUAAUUAAAUUAAAUUAAUUAAAAUGUAUUAAUAGCAUUAUAUAUGACUGGAUAAAGCACGGUCAGAUUUCCAUAUUAAGAAAUCUUAGUAACUAAGAAUAUAUAGUUAUAAAUAUUCCAUUCUGCAGGUGGAAUUAAGAAUAAUUAUAUAUUGAUGUGAUAUUAUCACGUGUUAGCAUACCGCUGUUUUUAUCCAGGUGUAUUGAUUUGCUCUAAAUUAAGAUAGAUAUCUUUUAGACAAAUUAAAAAUCUGCUUAUAUAAUAUUAAAUUCUCUUAUUGGAUGGUUUAAGAAAAUGACUAGUGAACUGGUUUAAAUGUUAUUUUAUUUAAAAUUACAUAAGAAUAGAUCUUAAUUACCUAGGAGAUCUAGCCAGCAUUGAAAGGGUUAUUCUAACUGUCUGCUAAACUUUACGACCUUACGCUGCACUCUGAGGAAUUCUGUUCUUCGCUGUGAAAAGUUUCACUUUAAGUCUGUGAAAGAUAGUCAUAAAUAAAGUCUUGACAGAAAAUGCUUUUUAGCCAUUGAAACAUAAUACCCAUUCCUUUGUAUUGCAUACCAUUUUAUACUGAAUAUUCAUUGAUUAUUGUCAUGCAUGUUACAUAUAUUAUUAUUAAUUAUUGGUUAUCAUAAAUAAAAAUCUAUUUUUAUAUAAACUGUGAAUAUUAUUUAUAUGGUAUACAUUUCACUUAACACGAUAAACGUUCUUUGGGAUCUGAGAAUUGAAUUAGUGGGCAAUUCUCAACUGUUACUAUUAUUAUCCCAUAAAUAUCCCCACAUAUUGGAGGCACGGUGCUGAGAUCGUUUAAGUUGAAAUUGUAUUUCAUAUAUAUAAUAAUAUUGGUGUAAUUCAUGCAAUUUAAUCUUAAUAUAGAAAAGAGUUUUGUAUUGAGAUUAAAUCAGUAUAAAAUAGAAAUAUGGCUGAAUCCAGCAAUACAUCUGUAACAGAUAAUACUGAAAUAAUUGAAGACCUAAGAAAACAUGCUCUAGUUCAUAUUCAUAAACAUAUGAAAAAUGAUGCAACCUAUGAGGUUUGGUUGAAAAGCAUAGAAUGGGAAGCUAAACACACCAUUCUAACUGAUGAACACAUCAUCAUAUAUCUUAAAGAAAUUGCUGAACAAAAGAACAUAGAAAGGAAAAUGGCGUUCAUAAUACACUCUUGGCCUUUCUUUAUGACAGCACUUCUUAAGGUGUGUGAUGAAAACAAGUCAUUGAAUGCCAAAUUGGACACGUACAGUGACGAUUUGGGCAUUCAAAAUGGGAAAUACCAAGAUUUACUUGCUGAGCAUAAAACUCGUCAGGCUGAUCAUGAAAAAGAAAUGAAAGCUUUGACGGAUAAAUAUGCACAGGAAAUAAAUCAGCUUAAAAUGCAAUUGGAUGAGUAUGAAAAGGAGAGUCAGAAAUUAGACAGUGAGGUUGGUAGUCAUCAUUCUGUGCCAAAAAGUUGCACAAAAAUGCAAGAAAAGACUAUUUGUAAAUCCCCUCCUUAUUAUGAUUUUCCCACACCAAACCAGGUUUUCAUAAAACAGUCUGUAAGUAAAGAUGUGAGUAAUUCUAAAAAAUCACCUGUGGAACAAGAUUCCCCAUCUCAUGACAUUACCAAGCCAUCUUGGCAAUCUUGGGCAGAACAGUUUGAAAAAGCUGUCUUGGCCAAACUUGAGAGGGAGAGUCCAAUUCAAGAUGAUAGGAAUGAAAACAGACAUGGUUCUGUACACUGGCAGAACUCUGAUGCAGAUCAGAAUUGUGACAGUGAACAAGAAGCUCAGAGUGAUGGGAGUGAAAGUGAUUGCACUGUCCACUCUGAAGGCCAUGUAACUGAUAUGCCAUCUGCACUGUUGUACGGGUCUAAUUCCUCUUCAGCAGACAGAUCGCAUAGACGUUUACCCAAACACAGAAACAGAGAUCGUAAAUCAACGACGCCUGUUUAUGAAACACCAAAGGUCAUCAAAUUCCUUAGAGAGACUGUCCCACAAUUUUCUAGAGGUUCAGGAAACAUAUCUGAACAUCUGGAAAAUUAUGAUAGAGCAAUGAAUUCAUUGGGUAUGUAUGAUGACAUUCACAAGAAAUGGUUCAUUACAUGGACCUUUGAUUCAAUGUGCCGUGUUUAUCUAGAAAGUCUUCAAGCUAUACAGUUAAUGUCCUGGUCCAAGAUGAAAUAUGAAAUAAUCAUGGAAUAUGGUAAGUAUAAAACCAUUGCCUCUGCUAAGAAGGCGCUUUAUAACUUAAAGUGCCGUCCAGAUCAAAGCCCCAGAGAAUUUUUAAUAAUUCUUAAAAAUGCAUACUCCGUGGCCCAAAGAAAACCCAGGUAUGAAAGCACAGACUUCAAAGAUCUGUAUUUUCAUGCCAUGCCGGUAAACAUACAAAUGAAUCUCGCAAGAGAUUACGAUUGUAAGUUACCAUUAGAAUGGCUAGUCAGUCAAUGCAUGAAGUUGUACACUAUACACCAUGCACAUGACGAAAAUCAGCCAAAGGUUAAGAAACCUGGUGAUAAAAUGGUGUCAGAGACUAAAAUUCAGUUAGGUUUAGAAACCCAACAGAAAAAGAGGACCUAUUCCGAGGUUUUGAAAACACCAAAACCUCAGAAACAGGAAAAUGCCAGAAGCAAUUCUGCAAAUUCCUCUGAUAAUAACUCUGAAAGAUCCAAAGCCAAUGGGAAUAAACGCUCCUGGGUUAAUAAGAACCAAGGCAAUUCCCAAUGGAGAAGGAAUCCUCAGGGAAAUAGGAGAUAUGGAAACAGAAACAAUCCAUCUGCUUCCAAUAACUCCCAACAGUCUCAGCCAUCCCAGCCAAAUUCUAAUGGGCAAAGACAAAACGGCAAUGGGGGAAAUAAUUUGCGUCGUCAGGUUGGUCAAUUGACUGACCAGAUGGGCAAAUUAAUGGAGGAAAUGACAAAGAUUAACCAAGUCUUUGCUCUCAAUCCUUUUUUAGGGAUAGCUCCAAUUGCAGAACUACCUGUGCAACCGCAGCAACAACAACAGGUGCCGCAGCAAUAAUAGCCACUGUGACUAAACAGGCUAGGUUAUCAGUAGAUGUAAUACCUAACCCUGUUUCCUUUCCAAGUACUCAUAGUCAAACAAACAAUAGUUGUGUUAGAAAACCUAUUGCCUAUACCGUCACUUCACUUCCGGGUGAAGGAGGCGCGACGUGUUCCUCUGUUUUUUCAUUUCAGCCAAAGGCUAAAGUAGCCCCAGCAGCCACUAGUUUCCAGGAUCCAGACCUGAAAGGGUUAACUGAUGAGAUGCCGACCACUAGUUCCCGCUUGACAGUUCAAGAUAUUCCUAAAAGGAUGGGCCUGUGGGUAAGACUGAGCAUUCCUCAGUACAGGUAGAAACUACUGCUGUGACCGGUAAUGUAUGGAAAACAAGUAAUAUGUUGACACAUUCUAAAUUCUUAUGUGAAUUAGAAGAACAUGAAGGAAGGUACUACAUGUCUGUAGAAAUACAGGAUUCGCUACCCCAGCCUUUUAAAGGGUUAAUAGAUACUGGUUCACAAGCCACUAUCUUAUCCAAUACCUACUUCCAGCAGGUAAUGGACUUAGCAACGGAUAAGCCGAAGCUAAGAGAUUUCCCCAAUGCUCUGUUGAGUGUAGGAGGAAAUGCCCUUCAUGUUAUUGGCAAUACCUGGUUAAAGUUUAAAAUAGGUAACAAAACCUUUAGACACCCGGUGAUAGUGGUAGAUCUCCCCUAUGACCGACUGAUUCUGGGUAUAGACAUACUCAGAAGACUUAACACAAUUAUUGACUGUGUGAAUGGAAUUGUAUGGUCACAAGCUAAGGUUCCCAUAACCUAUGAGAAAUCACAUGUUCAAUCUGAUUGUAACUGCCAUGUGAUAGAAGAAAGACCUGACUCGAUUGAGGUACAUUUUAGAAAUAGUCAGUCACCUGAUGUGACUAUCCUGCAGGUGAAUGAUGCAAUCGCACCUGUAGAUGAGCAUUCCGUAAGAAUUGCUCCAGAGAGGAUCCAGAAUGUCUCUCUGGAAGGUGAUGUUUUAACUAUUUCUCUCCACAGGGACUAUGUUGAAUCUGUAGAUCUGGCAGGUCAUGCUCAAUUCCUUGCCAGAAUUGAAAGGGUUAAUAACAACCUAUUCUUUCCUAUGCAAAUAAAUGAUUUAGGAAGAAGUAGGAAUGCAAAGCUGGACUUACAGAGUGAGAACAGCUAUAUUAGCAGAAGUCUGUUAAAGCAGAUCGCUAAUCCUAAAAUGAUCAGGUACGCUUCCCCACAUGACAGGUGGAUCCAGAACCUGGAUGGCGAAUCAGAGAGUCACAAUGUGAUAGCAAAGUGUUUACUAUCUAUUUCCAUCGGAAAUAAGACAGUUAAACAUUUAUUCUUAGUGAUAGACGAACCUCGCUAUCAGGUUUACGUUGGCAAUGAUGUCAUACAUCGCUUUGCCAUACACCUUGACCUGAUUAAUUCCAAUUUGUGGACAAGGUUAAAAGGUAAUCCUUGUGGAUACCUACACGAGGAAAACGCCCUGAAAUCAGGACAAAUACUCCCAUAUGCGGUAAGUAUCCAAGUUCCUGAUGACAUAACCAUUCCCCAGGGGACAAGUAACUUUCUUUUACCCCUACAGGUCAAGGAGGGUCAGAGAUUAGAAAACUCUGAUGCCCUAAUCUGUUUAUCCAACAGGAUACAACAAUUAGGGAUGGUGGUAAUACAUACACCAAUGGUAAGUAUUGGUAAGAAUCCCACCUAUAUCAUGGUCAACAAUGUUACACCCAAUAGUGUUACUUUACCAAAAGGAACAUUAUUAGGUCUAGCAUUGGAUGCUGAGUACUAUACAUUUGGUUUCCAAAACCAAAUUAUAGGCCUCAUCCCUGAAGAAUACUUAACUGAGGACGAAAUUGUCGAUCAAAUAUUCCAUUCCUCCCCAGAAGGAUUAUUCACUAUCCUAUCUGUAUAUCCCUUCAACGAUGAAGAAGGCUCGUGUAAAAUCGAAGAAGCAUCAAUUACCUUCGAUCAUCCGCUCAAUGAGCAGGAAUCACAAGAGUAUCUCGACCAAAGAGAAAAGGUAAGUCAACACCGAACUGACCUAACUUCUAGGCUUGAAGAAGCUUAUGAGAUAGGCCAGCCUGAAAUCUUUCCAGGAUUUCAGGAAAGGCUAGAAGAGCAAAUAUCUUUAGCUGACGGUUGCUCCAACGAUGCUGAGCGGCAACAGCUAAAGGAAAUCCUUUUGGAAUUCCAAGAUAUUUUUGCCAAAGAUUCCUACGACUGUGGGUUAACUAACCUCCACGUAGCCAGAAUACAAACCGAUCCAAAUUUACCACCUGUAUUUAUCAAACAAUAUAGACUCCCAUUAGCGUCAUAUGAUGGUCUACAAGACAUCAUUCAGAAUUUAAAGGAAAGGGGCAUUAUACGUCCAGUGCACAGUUCGUAUAAUAAUCCGAUCUUAGGGAUCCUGAAACCUAAUGGACAAUGGCGUUUAUGCGCUGACUUACGACAGCUAAAUAAACGCGUCUAUAUGUCUGGUUGGCCAACGCCAUACAUAGACCAAUGUUUGGUACAAAUGCAGGGAUCCAAAAUAUUCACUGCCAUUGACUGUGCGCAGGGAUAUUGGACUGUACCAGUCCAUAAUGAAGACCAAUACAAAUUGGCCUUCACAUUUGGAAAGCAACAGUAUACCUGGACCCGUAUGCCUUUUGGUUAUAUAAACUCUGGUCAUGAAUUCGCUGUGUUCAUGCAUAAAGCUAUGCCUGAUGCACUCGAGAGAGGAACGUUAUCAUAUGUCGACGAUGUCUUGCUGAAAAGCACUUCCUUUGAUAAGCAUAUCUUAGAGAUUAGACAUGUUCUCACUCAGUUAAGGGAGGCAGGAAUAAAACUGUCUUUACAAAAGGCACAAUGGUGUCGCACCCAUGUCAAUUUCCUCGGACAUGAGGUAACUUCUGAAGGAUUAAAUCCCCAGAGGAAGAAGGUUGAAGCCGUACUUAAGGCUAAAACACCUUCAAACAUCAGGGAAUUAAGAUCGUUCCUUGGUAUGACUAACUACUCCCGUAAGUUUAUAGAUAACUAUGCAGAAAUAACUAAACCACUCUUACACCUGCUUAAAAAGGAAACUACCUGGAACUGGGGGGAACCUCAGGACCAAGCGGUAAGUGAACUGAGGAGGAAGCUCACUCAGGCACCCUGUUUAGCAUACCCAGAGGGGGGUAAACCGUUCUAUCUGGAGACAGGAUAUACCGAUUUAAGCAUAAGUGCUGUUUUGUAUCAGAAGCAGGACAGUUUAAACAAAGUUAUUGCAUAUGCUAGCAAGACUUUGUCACCUGUUGAAGUUAAAUUCAACACGUGUGAGAAAGCGUUAUUAUCGACUGUCUGGGCACUACAAAAUUUUCGUAGCUAUAUCCAAGGUGAGAAAAUAAUUGUAGAAACAGCUCACCAACCUCUACAGUAUCUGCAGAGUGAAAGAAUUAGAGACGGUAAUCUCUCUAACAGUCGGAUUACUGCAUGGACUCUAUCCUUACAGGGAUGGCCGUUAGAAGUCCGUUAUAAACAUAAUAAGAUAAGCCCAGUUGCCCAAGGUUUAGCAGAAUUACAUGACUGUACUGCUCCAUCUCUGGAUGAUAAUAACACCGGAGAUGACUUCCUAGAAGAGCAAUUGCUAUCUCCUUAUAAAGUUUAUGACGAGGAAUGCUGUCGACCACUACCGUGGGUAUACAUUGAUGGUUGUUCAUAUCACCACGUCGCUGGUGCUGAACGGAAGUUAGUUGCAGGUAUCGGAAUCGCCUGGACAGGUGAUUAUCCCAAUGUAUCUAUAGGAUAUAAUAUUGGUCCCAAAAGCAGUCAGAUAGCCGAACUCUGUGCCGUAUAUAAGACCAUUAAAAUGGCAAUAGAAUAUGGUAUCAAAGAAUUUGUUAUUAUAACUGAUUCCAACUAUGUUCGCAACAGUUUCGUCGAAUAUCUGCCUAGCUGGAAACGUAACCAAAUGCUGAAAAGCAAUAACAAACCUGUUAAACAUGGGAAAUUGUUUUGUAAAAUCGAUGAACUGGUUAAGGAAAAUGGUUUAACCAUAUAUUGGAAGAAAACCAAAGGCCAUUCUAAAAUAGAAGGUAUUGACAAGGAUAGUAAUGACUUAGCCGAUUCACUGGCAAAACAAGCUGCCAUCAAUGGUGAAACCCUAAACAUUGAUGAUCUUAUGGGUUCAAUUCAUGUUGAAGCCAUAACUAGACGACAGGCUAGAGAUAAUGCCGACUUAAAUGUCGUGCAAUGGAGUCAAGAAGCUCCUAGUGAGGACCUGAUUACUAGUCAAAAGAACGAUCCCAUCAUAGGUAUUUUCUAUAGACAUAUAGAAGACCCUACUACCAAUCCCAUCACAGAUGAGGAUUGCAAAGAUAAUGAAGAUUUACGAAUCUUGAUGAGAUAUAAAGUACAAUUUAGUAUCAUGGAUGGGUUACUGGUCAGAACUUCUAAACAUGGUAUACAACAAUGGGUAGUCCCAACUGUAUACAGAGGGUUAAUGCUCCAACACGCUCAUGAUGCACCUACAUCUGGGCAUCGUGGUGAUAAGAUCACAUAUGAGAUAUUGCGUGAUUAUGCAUAUUGGCCACACAUGUUAAGGGAUGUUAAGACAUACUGUCAGGGAUGCUUGAUUUGUCCGCAAUAUCAACCCCAUGGUCCAACCCAUAGUGCACCACUUCAGAAGAGGGGGGUGUCAUUACCCUGGUCUGAUAUUCAAAUUGACUUUAUAGGUCCUGUAACAAGAUCUUCAAGAGGUAACAAAUACAUGUUAACCGUUACAUGUAUGUACACAAAGUGGAUAGAAUGUUUGCCUUGAAAAGAGAACACGAGUACCGUGUGCGCCACUUUGUUGAUUAACCAUGUCUUUUCCAGGUUCGGUCUGCCUCAAAGAAUUGAGUCAGACAGAGGUAGUCAUUUACCAGCGAAGUAAUGGCUAAGAUGUGGAACAUUCUAGGUGUUAAACGAAAGCUACAUAUUGCAUACCGCGCUGCGUCUAGCGGGGGGGUAGAGCGAUAUAACCACUCUAUCGUUAAUAUUCUAAAGAAAUAUGUUAAGGAGUCUGUUAAAGACUGGGACAUUAAAUUGCCCCUAGUUUUAAUGGCGAUUAGAGCUACACCUAGCACUGCUACCAAAUUGUCACCUUUUGAAUUGAUGACAGGAAGAAAGAUGGUUUUACCACAGCAUUUACUAUAUCGGAUCAUAACUUGAUCAAUGCUGCCACUACACAUCAGUAUAUCGAAGAUUUGCACAAACAUUUACAGCAUGCGUUUGCUUUUGCCCAAAAGAAUCUAGAAAAAGCAGCGACAGGGGUUAAGACCUAUUACGAUCUAAAAACCACGAAAAAGGAAUAUGAGAUCACAGAUCAAGUCUAUCUGUAUAACUUUGCGCGAAAUCAAGUAAAGGAAAAGAAAUUUUUACCUUCUUGGAAAGGGCCAUAUGUCAUCAUUGACAAAAUUUCCCCAGUAGCGUAUAAGAUAAAAAUUCCUAAGGAUGGUGAUUUUAUUGAAAAGUGGGCUCACAUUAACCAGUUGCGUGCUUGUCAUCCUAAAUCUCAAUUAAGGAUUAUAGGUGUGGAUUCAGACGCAGAAGGGUGAACGACUAACCUGGAUGAAUGCUUGAUUCACGUGGUAUAGUAUGAUGUGAAAUGUUGUGAUGUGCCAUGAUCUCAUGUACGUUCAUGUCAUUAACCAUUUCCUUGCCAUCCAAUAACUACAUUUUCUAAGCAGGUUACUAGCUAUAAGCAAAUUACUGAAGAGUCAGUAAUAAAUGUAGUGAGGGAUGAAGUUAUAAAAAUAGAAUUAGACAGAAUACAUAUGUUGAUGAAUCGUAAUAAUGUGUUGUCCUAGGCCAAGUGAUGUCACACUGUUAUAAGUUUGUAUGCUUAACAAACCUUGAAUCAUUAGUAGAUAAGUCUAAACGAGUUCCUGAUCCGUGACUGUCGAAAGAUGUCCAAGAAGGAUGUGGCGUGUUUCUGGAUCGUACUGCUCCUGUGCCAAGAGCUACGGACCGACCCGAUCGCAGAGAUGGGACCAUCCUCCGGUAUCCUGAUUCAAGAGACACCAGGGUUCAUCUUGACAGAGAAGAGGAUCCUGACCCGAUGUGUGUUCGUCAGCUUGGACCCCAAGAUUUCCAUCGAGAAGGCAUACAACAUUUCAUCGAUGCAGCUUCCUGA